CAUACAUCUGGUUUAGACAAAAUCCGAACUCGUCUGUGGAUUUAGCUCUGUGACCACAUUUAUCAUUAUAUGGAUAGCCCCCCAUGGACAGCUGGGGUUCAGCACACAGGUCUGUAGUGAAAGUGUUAAUACUUUGCAUGGACACACUGUAUGGCUGAGCACAUAGUAAAAUUAAAAAGGUUAUAUACAGAGCCUGUCCAAGGCAAUGGGAUCCUCUGUGCCAGUAACAAUGAGAUUCCAUCCAAAAUGCCAUUUCUCUAGCUGUACAUCAAAAGGGCUGUAUCAGUCCUAGGGGGUCCUUUAUUGACAAUCCACCAGUCCUUCGCCCCUUUGACUCUCUCUUAUAAGUUGCAUGAAGUUUUUAGGGGUCAUAGCUCAGCGAUGCUGCUUUAAUGAACAGAUUUUGCAGUGGGACAGGGAACCAGUUAACUUCCAGGAUAGGAAGCAGAGGGGCAAUGCACAUUAACAAAAAAAGCCUACUUUUAGGAAUGUGUGAGCCAGCCUCCCAGCUCUGGAUUACCUCUCAGAUUGGUGAAUUUGGCCAAGUAACAUGAGCCUCCCCUCCCUUCCUGCUCUCCCCCCUCUCUUUGCAUUGUGGGAGCUGUAGUGCUUCUCCAUGGGAACUCUUCACUUGUUGAGGAAUUUAGAAAAACGACUGCCCGAGAGCUGUGCAUUACAACAAUGUAUCAGCCCGUGUAAACAAUGCUUGAUGCUCCUGCAGUGCACGUUCUGUGCUGAGAUACAAAGUAUCCCAAGGCCUGUGUGGCAGCCCAGCCAUGGCCAGUUCUGCUAGCCUUUGUAACUCUGACAUUGUGCUGCAGUACAGUGUAGAGUCAGUCCAGAUAGUCCCUGGUUUGCUAGCCACAGCGGUGGUCCUGGGCACUGUGAUUGGCAUCAUCUCUGCAGGGCUGCUAUGUGUCUAUGUCUUCCUGCCAUGGCUGUCAAAGAGGAAAAAGGUAUGUUUUGUUAAGUAUUUCUUAUAUUUUAUUCCUGAGGCGCCUACAUACAUAGUAGUGUUGUACAGUACAGUAUAGCCAAUAUAAAUAGCAUUGACCGCGUAGGUGUGAUUUUCAUUUUUAAGGGGUUAAUAUGGGUCAUACUGCUGAUCGUAUUCACAAAUAUUGAUAAGCUUCAUGGAGUUGUUUACAAACAUGGAUUGUUGGUAAAUGAAUAAGCUAUACAUAAUUACACAAUCGUUUUAUUAGUUUAGCAAACAGUCUAUUCUGCAACCAUAAAUAAAGUGUGAUCUAUCCCUCUGUAGGACACACGUAGUAAAAAAAAAAAAAAACACAUUUGGGUAAAUUCUUGUUUUGAGGGAAUUUUAGGCUUAGUUUAGAAUAAAAUCACUUAUCUUAAAGUGUUUUGUUUUUUUUUGGUUUGUUUUUUAAUUCAUGGGCAUAAUGUUGUUCCUCUCAUAUAUGGGUCUCUUUGUGGGCUUUAUUCACUAAAUAGUGAAUUGCGGUGAACUGAAAUUGAUUUGGAAUGUCAGACCAAAAUAGUUGCACUGUAAAUAUUCUGGAAUUCAUUCAUUUUUUGAGUUUGGCUAUUUUAGUCUAAAUGUAUUCAUAGCUUUGUAAUUCAGUGAAUAAACAAUCCCAUCUCCUGCUAUAGUGCUGGGAAUCUCUGCUGCAUAGCCCAUAUUCUGUGCAUUGGAUAAUUUAACAAACAGAGACAGUGCAAUGUGGUAAACGUAAUACCUAAUUUCAAUAUUAAAGCUAAACUAGCAGGCUUAUUGGAUAAAAUAUUCUAAAUUAUUCAUUUAACACCAAAUUGCAAUAAACUGCAAUCUGAACUGGGAUUUAGGCUAAAUAGCCAAACUAAGACAGUGAGGGGAUUUGUUUUUCUCCAAAUUAACUAUUGCGGUCUGAAGUUUGCAAUUCAACCUUCAGCUCAUCAACAUUUAGUGGAUAAACUGGGAAAUAUGGCAAAUUGUAAAACUACACUGAAAAUGUUGGCCUUAGUAGCCACACUUGAAAAGUCUACAGCUUCUUCACAUCAGAUAUUUUGGCAUGAAAUGCGUUGCCUUAUUAAUGGAAUCGUCUAUGCACAAAAGCUGCUCAAUAUUAAAGGAACACUGACAUCACCAUAACCACCAUGGUUGGUUUAGCAUCGCCCCCAUGUAAGUAGUUACAUAAAUCUAGACUGGUUAGACUUCGUACUUGGGGUCCAUCGGAUAUAGCUCCCCACCAAUACUACAGCCUACAGGGAAGCCAGGAAUUCCCUGCCUGAGUUUAACCUGGCAGCUGUAAGCCAAAAACAGGCCUCUAGUGGCUGUCAAACUGCCACUGGAUGCACUUCCUGUCACGAUUCCGGAACUAACACACUAACAGGUCACAGAGAGGAAGGGUGCUAUACCGGUCCUUAGAGUGGCCGGGCUAAGAAUGGUCAGGAGACAAGCCAAGUAAAGGGAGCCAGAAAACGGGAGAACGAGAAACAAGCCGAGGUCAAAGGAGUGGAGAAGACAGGAUAAUCGGAAUAACGAGCCAAAUAAUCGGAAACCAGAGAGCAACACGAGAGAACAGCACUACAGGUAUCACAAGACCACAACAGGGCACUGAGGGACAGGAAAGGUAAGUAUAAAUACCCUUGGUUUAAUUCUGAUUGGAUAACUUCCAAUCAGAAUUAACAAUCACACGUGGGGGAUAUCUAUACCUCCCACUGUGAUUGUGGUACCGUUUCUUUAACGCCGGGUCACUCACGUGACCCCGGCGUUUGCAUAAUUUAGUGUCCUCCCAGCGUGCAGCGUUAUACAUGCUGCCGCUGGGGGGCGUGGAGGACGCGAGCGGCAGAGAGGAGACGCCGCUCGCCGACAGGUGAGACGAGGGGAGACCGCGGGCGGCGACGGACUGAGGGUGAGUGCUGCAAGUGGCGUGCAGCCUCCCCUCCUAGCAGCCCGCGGAUCCCUGACACUUCCACUUUACAUUAUUUGUUUUUUAAAAGACAAAAGAUUUCAUAACAUACAGUAUGACAAUGCUGAACUUUCCAUGCAUUGGAUUACAUUGUAUUCAGUGCUUCUCAUUAAGAAGCAUGGGAUUGAGGAUUGCCAAGUAUUUUUCAUGUGUCCUCAAUGCUUAUCAGUGAGAGGCAUCUGAUUUAAUCAUAAUUAAUUAUCUCACCAUAAAAUGAUUGGGCUGAGGAACAGCGGGCGCACCUGCCACUUGAAAAUGGCAACAUCGCUGUUGGGACUUGUACCCUUUCUCUUCCUUUUAAGUUAUCUACAUUUUAUUUCCAUGCCUUAGUUUAGUUAAAAAAGUUGUGCUACACUUAGGGCUCACUCUCCUCCCUAUACUACAUAUGGCUGAACGACCAUACUGGUCGACACUGGGUGAACUGAGACCCAAUUAUCUCCCUUGAUUACGUCCAUCCUCCCCAUCACCCCCCCCCCGCUCCAAUCUUCUUGACCCACAUACAAAACAGUUGGCGGAGCUGCCUCACUCAAAAUCUUGAGACACCAUAACAAGUUACUCGAUUUAGCUAACUGAUCCUCAAGGAUUCUCUGUCCUAUCUAUCCUGCACCACAGUUGUCAUACUCACGGGCCCUCGCCCUGUAUUAACCUUGGGCCUACUAGCUAGCCACCACAAGGGUCCACAACUUGGUAGGGAGCGGGACCAUUAAAAUUAAAAUAAACUUGUUUUGCCUAGUGUGUAACUUAACAUCUAUUAUUUCCACUGAUCAAACCCCAUCUUGCUUAGCAUGUAACCUAACCACUAUUACUUAACCUCGUAUAGUCAGUCAGUGUAUCCAAACUCUUACCUUAUGUCACUUUGUCUCUCUGCUGGCUACUUCUCCUUUUUGAAAAAAUUAUUUCUAUAAUUGAAAUUGCGCCGUUUUGCUACUAAACCUUUUUCACAAAAUACCGUGCUGUUUACUCGCAUUGAAACGUAAUGUUAUCGCUAAUUACAUCUGUUGUAAUGUUCACUGUUUCGUUGUGUAUUUGACAUAUACCGGCAAUUGCUGUCGUGGCAUUGCGGGUUACCCUGUAUACUCCUGCACAACCAAAAAUAAAGAAUUUAAAAAAAAAGUGAAUAUGCAUACAAAAUGCAGAUAUGCUCUUAUUUUUAUCCAGAUUUACAAUAGACAUGUCUGUAGACUAUCACCCCAAAGAAUUACGUAAACUCAAAUGUCCCACUUCUGCGCUGACGAAGCCACGGGAGACAUGCAGAGGGAAUCUCGUACCGAAGUCCUUAGGACAAUCCUAUUGAAUUGCAGGUUUUUCUGUUUACAAAAUAGUGUUUAUGGUCUAUCUUUUCAAUUAUAUUUUUAAUGUAUACUGAAACAGCCGACUGUCGUGGGGCAUGGAGGAAAAAAAAAAAACAUUGGAGUGACAUUGUCAUCGAGACAUCUUGUGUAUGUUAAUACAACGGUUAUGAAAACGUUGUUGUAAACUACGUCAUUGUGAAUUCUUCAUACUGCUGUCAAACAAUAUUAACAUGUCUUGUACAACUGCCUCAUGAUGAUUGACUCAAACUCCAAUAAAAGUUGAAAAAAUAAAAAAUAAAUAAGAUUGGGCUGCAAAGCACAGACUUCCUCCAUGAUUGAUUACAGGUAAUCUUAAAGGGACACUAUAGGCACCCUGAUCACUUCAGUUCAUGGAAGUGGUCUGGGUGCAUUGGCCCUGUCAGUUUAACCCUGCAAUGAUAAUUAGUUAUUGAUAAUCUGCAAUAAUUACAUUGCAGGGUUAACUCUACCAGAAAGCCACUAGAGGUGCUUACAGGUUGUUAAGCGACUUUUGGUAGCCUAACUGAUGCUAGACGUCCCCAAGCUCUGCAUGAGGACAUUCAGUGUCAGCUAAAACCCUGUAGGAAAGGAUUGAUUCAGAGUUUUCUUAUUGAGUUGUCCUAAUGUGACCACUGCACUCACUACGCAUGCACAUUAGAUCCUUAAAGUUGGGGGAGGAGGAGCAAAGGCAGAGCCUGACCCAGCACCGUGGUACAUCUGCGCUGGAUUCAGGUAAGUGACAAAAUGGUUUUUAACCCUUUCUGCGCUGCGGGGUGGCAUGCGAACAAAGGGGGCACUAUAGGCUAGAAAUACAAGUUUGUAUUCCUAGCCUAUAGUUUCCCUUUAAUUGUGUUUUGCAACUUUUUUUUUUUUUUUUAAACAAAAGGUGUUGCUGUAAUCUAAACAAAAAUUAACACUCCUGACUUGAAAAUAAAUAUAUGUAUUUUUUAAAUGUACACACCGCAAAUCACUUUUUAGUAUAAAUACCCCCAAUGAUAACAUACAUGCAUUUAGUUAUGCAUUUUUCCAUUGGGGGUUUAUCUAAAGACAGCUUGCAAAAGCUUUACAUUUUGUUGUCUGCAGCCUUUGCAAGCCAUCCCCUUCCAGACCCGCCCAGAGUUUCUGUGGCUGUCCAAUCACAGCCUUCCCAAUGCAGCCCAAUGAUAAGUCUUUGCAAGGCAGGUUCUCUGGGCAAUUUCUUGCCUCUUGAGUCUAGCUCCACUGAGCUAACAAAACCAGGAAAUAACAGUUUAUUUUAUAAAAUUGUCAUUUCUAUUGAAAUCUAUACUUUUUCUAAAAUAAACAAAGGGACACACUCUUCACACAUAAAGCAUUUCAGCAAGCUAGAGCGCUUUAGGUGUUCUUUAGUUAUAGGUAGUAUUCCUUUAAUUCCUUAUAAUCCAUAAUUUAGUGCUUAAACCUACUCACUCAUGGCAGAUUUCUCCAUAUUUAUUAUUCUUGCGAUUGCCCUUGGGAAAAAAGAGAAAAGUGUCUUUUUUUCCACAUGUCUAAUGCUCAUUUUUGUAGCAAACUGUGCAGCUACUGUUUUUAAAAUGAUGUAAUUAUAUUAUGCUAAUUUUACUGAUAGUCUUUUUUUUUUUUUUCUUGGUUUGAGAUGUUUUUCACAUUCGGAAGUUAUUAUUUUAUGCCCCAUGCAGACAUGGAUGGAUUAUCUCCAGGCCUUGUAAUAUAAAUCUAUCAAAUUGCUAUUAUGUGCUGAAGAACAAUGUCCAUCGGAAGUGGCUAAAAACCUGAAUUACCCAGACCUUGUGAUACCCGUGUUUCCUAAAUCUAUUCCAGAAACUAAUAAAUAUCGAUGCAGUUACCUGCUCUCCCAUAGUGGGUCACCAUACCUAAUUUUGGUUUAAAGUGAACUUAUCAUGACUGCUUCUCUUUAACCGGAAUGCACCCCCUAGGCACAGACAGACUGUAUCCAUCAUUCAUCGUAGAGAUACAUGAUAUAUUCAAUGUAAAGUUAUUCGAUUGUACAAUUCUUCUGGUUCUGAGACGCCAUGUUUGCAGCUCAUUGGGACAUAUAUUGCCAGCGCGUCAGUUGCUAAACAGACUGACAUCUGUCACUCAGUUCCCUUGCUGACAUUAGAGGCUCUGACUAGAAAGUAAUCAUGCCAUUUAAACAGCAUGCACCGUGGUUACUAUGCUGAAGAGCAGGAUGAGGGCCUGUAGGAGAGUUAUUCUUCUCUCCUUGUUAUUCAUUUCUUUGGUGUAAUGGUCUAUGCUCUAUCUAUACCGAAGAUUUGAUUGACAGGUGGAAAAGGGAACUAUUUUUAAACGGAUCUGUUACUUUCAGAAGUCUUUACACAGAGUGGCAGGUCCAUUGUCCAAAAUACAUAGUAGUUCCUUAUUUGUCUUAUGGGAUCUUUGAAUGCAUUUAAAUUUCCAUUUGAAAUUCCAAUGCAGUUUUGAUCAGUAUUUCAUAUCGAAUACAGUAUAUCUUUAUGAAAUACUGAACAGUGACAAAUCAGCUUUAAAUAGUUUUUUUUUUUUUUCUCUCAAAUUCUAUAUUUGCAAAUCAUUAUGCUUGCACAAUGGAUUUUAAUGUGUUGGGUUUUUGUUUUGUUUUUUAACUUAACAAGCUUGUGCAUAACCUGGCAAGAACAUUAAAGGAAAACACUAUUAAAAAAUAAUAUAUACUAAUGGGGAGUUCCUUGAACUGUGUAGAUUGCCAGCCCCAUUCGGGUUUCAGCAUUGAAAGGGUUAACAUUAAACUACCCUUGCCAUUAUUCCAGCACUGGUAGAGUCUCCUACUCACACAAACUCUGAGCCGUCUUCUGUAAACCACCAUUACUGAUGAUUGAUAUCCAUACAGAUGCUUCUCAUAGAGGCACAUUGGGACUCAUGACACGUGUGGCGGUCUGCUAACAGUAAUUUUUUUUUUCCUAAAAAGCAUUGAAAUCAACAGUUCAGCUACAGUUCAAGGGAUCCAGGAAAUCCUCCAGACCAGGCUUCCCCAAACUCUGGCCCUCCAGAUGUUCCUGAACUACAACUCCCAUGAUUCUCAGCCUAUUUGUUGUAGUUCAGCAACAUCUGGAGGGCCGGAGUUUGGGGAAGCCUGCUCCAGGCUGUCUGCUUUAAAGAUGGGAGGUGUUGCGAAGGCAAUUUGUAAAAGUAAAUUUAUCAAGAGAAAAAAGCGCUUAGAAAAAAGAGAUUGCCAGAGGAGACAUAGUUAAUUCCUAAAGCACAUCAAUAAGAAACCCUCUAAGUACCAUAAUCACUACAGCAAGCUUUUGCAAGUAGUUAAACUGUUCUGGAAGUGUUUGACUUCUUAUGUUUCCUGGAGCUUAGAGAGAAGUAUCGAGUGGUGCUUAUCAAACACUUGGCAGUCAAAAGAUUCCUAAAAAUGUUGUUUACUUACAAUAAGGGGCUGCAGUGCGCUCUAGCACGCUAAGUACUACAAAGUAGUGGUUAUGGUGUUUGGCUCAAUCCUUUAAAGCAACAUUUUAAUUUUGGACAUGACAGUCCCUCAUUCAUUCAACCCAGUGACGGCUAAUGAUGCUCUUAUUGAGAAGUACAGUAGAAGAAGUAAAAAUCUUCCUGUGUCACUCUUGUGUCUGGUGUGAAGUUAUUACUCCAUAAAGCUCGAAGUUUGCUUACACAUACUCACACAUUGCAGCGAAUGCCACGUGGGCUUGCGUUUUGUUUGCAAUAAUAUAGCCUCUGUAACAGUGAUAAUCUAAGAAUGCAACACCUUUAUAGCACUAUUAAUAAUAAAGAUAAGGUUCAUUUGAGAGCGCAGUACAGUGGUUUACCUCACACGGUGAAACCGUGUACUGAAUUAUUUGGAAGAUAUAAUUUAAAGGGACACUGUAGGUACUAUAACAACUUCAUCUAUUUGAAUUGGUUUUAGAGCCCAGAGCUCUUUGGCGCUAUCCCUCCAUUCAGUGUUAAACCAUAUUCAAACCAUUUAACACUAAGUAAGGGUCCUGGCCUGACCCCUACAAAAGACAGAGAUUACACACUUCCUUCUAGCCAUACCAAUUCAAACCAGAAAUGGGUGCUGUGAUAGGCUAAAAGAGGUCAGCUUAUACUCAUCGGCCAAUCACUGCCACCUAUUGCUUUUCAGGCUAAUGCUUCCCCUAUGUCUCUAACAGCACAGAGGGUAUUGUCUGCUUGGAUUCUUCAUAAGGGAUUGAAUGCACUGUUUCUCAUCAUAUAAAUAUAUCGCAGAUUGAUGGGAGAAUGUAAUCUGUACUCUGUCCCUCAGCAAUAAAUUAAAUGUAUUAUCACCUUUAAUACAUCUCCUACAAGCACAACCCUUCCAUUAGUCCUCAUGCUCUGGGAUACCGCUAAAUGAUGGAAAUCAUAUUUAAUCUAAUUUGAUGCACAUUCCUGUUACAUUAUUAAAAUGUUUAUCCAAUAUUAACAAUACUGUGGGGAUUUUAGUAAGUCUAGUUAACGUGUGCUAAGUAGUUGUAAUUUCUUCAAAUGUUUCAAAAAAGUGAACAUUUACGAUUUAAAAAGAAACAUUAAAUUUCUCUACAAAUAUAUUAUCUUUUUGUUAAAGAGACACAGGUUGGGGCUCACCACCAACUUGAAUUCAUUGUAAGCAUGUAUAAAUGAUGUGGAAAAACUUGAAUUUUUUUUUUUUAAUAAUUUCUGCAAAUGUGUACUUUCUUCAGGCACAAGUAUCUGGCUAAAAUUUGUCAGCCAAUCUAUGUCCUCUCUUUGUUUUCAGUAGAAGCAUCAGUUGUUAGUAGUUUCAUUCAUGAAAUAACUUGAGUCAUAUUGCAUAUCAUUGUUAUAUUAUGAUACAAGGAGGUAUUCUGUCAUUGGCUUAUAUCUCUAGUAUAAUCCCUCUGUUCCUAUGCGUCCAACUUGUCUGGUUAAUUUUAUGUGUCUGUUAGUCCACCCAUUGUACAGCGCUACGGAAUUUGCUGGCGCUAUAUAAAAAAAAAAAUUCAGAAAUCUCUGCAUCUAUAAACACAUAAAUAGAACUGUUAGUAACUUGGUGGUAGCUGUGACAUGUUCAACAAUUACAUUGAAAAUAUAGUGAUGCCCCGCAUUGGCAAACAAAAAGUUGCCAAGAAUAUCAAAACGGGGUAUGAUUUUUUUUUUUUAUUGUUUGUUUUUAGUAAUUUGCAUUGUCUGUAUGUCUGUAUAAUUAAUUAAUAAUUAUAGGUGUCACAUCCUGCGUAGAUAUUUUAUCUUAUUUUUUUAGCCUUUCUAAAUUAUUUUUUUUAUUAUAAUUUUCCAAUUCUUUAUUUUUGACGUGCAUAGGUGAAGUAAGGACAUCAGUGUGGUAACUAUAAAGUAAUCAAGGUACAUAAAUAUAACAUUCAAAGAAAAUCAUGAAAUAAACUGCACGUUUUCUUUUUUCUUUUUUUUAUGACAAGAGUAAGUAUAACACACACAGUAUAAGAGUAAGGGGAGAUGGGCUCCAAAGACUUUAAACUUAGGUUGGAAAUCCCAGAGGAGGUUGUAUGAGUUGGAGUCUCUGUGUUAGGUAAGGCAGUCAGCCAAUGCCCCUUCUUGAGGCAGAAUUGCCAGGUGCUGUAGGUAGGUAUCGCCAGGGGCGGGCUGGGCCGGGGGGCAGGGAGGCAAUUGCCCCCCAGGCCGCCCUAAAUUCCUGUAAGGCCGGCCGCGACGGGCCGGCCCUUUAAAUACUGCAGCCGCCUGAGCGCUCUGUUAAGAGCCUCAGGCGGCUGCAGCUUCUCCCCUGUAGCGUGGCCGAGCUGCACUCCGGUCCGCGGUGGCCGGCCGGCCGGAGUGAUAGGAAGGUGCACACUGAGUGUGCACCUUCCUGUCAGUCCGACUGGGUACAGGAAACAGAAACUCCUGUUCCGCGCGGAACAGGAGUUUCUGUUUCCUGUACCCGGUCGGACUGACAGGAAGGUGCACACUCAGUGUGCCCCUUCCUAUCACUCCGGCCGGCCGGCCACCGCGGACCGGAAUGCAGCUCGGCCACGCUACAGGGGAGGGGGUAAGAAGAGAGGGAGGAGGGGGGGUAAGAAGAGGGGAGGGGAAUAGAGGGGAGGGGGGGAAUAAAAAGAAGGGAGGGGGGAUAAGAAGAGAGGGAGGAGGGGGAGAGAAUAGAGGGAGGAGGGGGAGAGAAUAGAGGGGAGGGGGGAAUAAAAAGAGAAGAGGGGGGGAAUAAAAAGAGGGGAGGGGGGAGAAGAGGGAGGGGAAUAAGAGGGGAUAAAAAAGAGAGGGAGGAGGGGGGAGAAGACAGAGGGGAGGGGGGGAAUAAAGAGAGGGGAACAGCAAGAGGGGAGGGGGAUAAGAAGAGGAGGGGAAUAAGAAGAGGGGGAUAAAAAGAGAGGGAGGAGGGGGGGAGAAUAGAGGGGAGGGGGGGAAUAAAAAGAGAAGGGGGGGAAUAAAAAGAGGGGAGGGGUAUAAGAAGAGGGGAGGGGGGAUAAGAAGAGGGGAGGGGGAAUAAGAAGAGGGGAGGGAGGGGAAUAAGAAGAGGGGAGGAGGGGAAUAAAAAGAGGGGAUAGGGGGAAUAAGAAGAGGGGAGGGAGGGGAAUAAGAAGAGGGGAGAUAAGAAAAAGAGGGGGUAAGAAAAAGAAGGGGUGAGUAAGAAAAAGAUGGGGGAGUAAGAAGAAGAAGAGGAGGGAGUAAGAAAAAGAGGGGGGAGUAAGAAGAGGGAGAGGUGGAAUAAGAAAAGGGGGAGGGCGGAGUAAGAAGGAGGGGAGGGCGGAGUAAGAAGGAGGGGAGAUAAGAAAGAGGGGGGUAAGAAGAAGAAGAAGGGGUGAGUAAGAAAAAGAGUGGGGAGUAAGAAGAAGAAGAGUGGGGAGUAAGAAGAAGAAGAGGGGGUAAGAAGAAGGGUGAGUAUGAAGAAAUGGGGGGAGUAAGAAGAAGAAGGGGGAGGAAGAGGAAGAAGAAGAAGGGGGGGUAAGAAGAAGAAGGGGGAGCAAUAAGAAGAAGGGGGGUUAAGAAGAACAGGUGGGGGAGUAAGACGACCAAGGGGGGAAGUAUGAAGAACACAGGGAGGAGGGGGGUAAGACGAACACAGGGGGUGUGAGGAGAACACAUAGAGGGAGGAGGGAGAAGAACACAGGGAGGGUGGAGGGGGGAUGAGAAGAGCACAGGGAGGGUGGGUGAGUGUGAGAAGAGACCGCUAGGGGAGGGUGGGGGAGAGGAGAGACCACUAAAGGUGCAGGGGAGAGCUCUACGGGACAGAAGGGGCAGCUCUAUAGGACAGGGGCCAAGACAGGGAGCUCUUUCACACUACGCGCACACACACACAAUGCAUCCCUAUACAUACACAGAAACACAACAUGCUUCCCUUACACACAGAGAAACACACACAAUGCAACCCUUACACACAAAGACAAUGCAUCCUUUGCACACAUACACAGAAACAGACAAUGCAAACCCAUACACACGCAUGCAAACACACACACUUCUUUUCUUACAUACACACAGAAACACAAUGCAUCUCAUGCACACACAUACAGACACACACUUUGCAUCCCUUAUGCAUACAAACACAGAUUCACACAAUGCAUCCCUUACACACAACCAGAAACACAUAAUACAUCCCUUAUACACAAAUACACACUGCUUCCACUACACACAAACACACUACAUCACCUGCACAAACUGGUAACCCUAUACACUACAUACCAUAAGCACACAUAUUAGAUCCUCUACAAUAACACAUAACACAUCCCCUACACACUCCACUCCCUGUGAGCGAACUCAUGGGUGGGUGGAAUUUAUGAGUGGGCCUUAUGGGCAUACUCACCGUCAGGCCCUGGGGCCCAGACCUUGAGCUGUGUAAGGGGCCCCAGAAAAAUGGAGCUGCUUCCAAUUCUCCCAGAACAUUGAAUUUUGUGACCACAGUUGCAAACAGCCUCCAGAGAUCCUGUUCUACACCAGACCAGUGGAGCCAAACUGCAGCCCAUCAUCAUCCUCAUCUGCUUGUAAGUAGGCAAUCUAGUAUAUUAUUAGUGACACUAAUCUAUAAUGUACCUCACAUUAAAGGGACACUAUAGCUUAAUGAAGUGGUUCUGGUGUCUAUAGCUGGUCCCUGCAGCCUUUUUAAUGUAAACACACACUGUGUGCAGCACUGGCGUUAGUUCAUAUGGGUGGGGCAUUGUGAUGUUACAUGGGGGGGCAGCAAAUUUUUAUUUUGUCUAGGGCGGCAAAAAUCCUUGCACCGGCUCUGAUCCUGGGCAGGUGCACCAGUCUACUGGUGACCCACAGGAGGGGAGUGCACUGAUUGCACUGCACUCUCCUCCUGCCCAGCCCCAUCUUUACCGCAGUGCAAGUGCCCUCUGCCCCUAAUUUACAGUGGCUCACACUCACAACAAGCAGUGCCUGGAGCCGUGAAGGAGCGGGUAUGGCAAAGAGCUACUGAUUAGCAUAACAUCAAUAUCCGUUAUAAAACCAGGAAAAGGUGGGCAUGGAUGGUGAACUGAUUUGGUGGUGCAAUGGGCCACUUGACUGGUUUUGCCCUCCAGGCCUAAGGCUGCCAGCCCUCCCCUGGGUAUCGCUUCCAUGCGUGCUGGAGAAACUGCCUGUCAGGGCUCUGCAUUGAUGUCGGUGUGUGGAACCCAGCGUGGUCCAGUAGAGGUCCCUGUGCUCCCAUGGGGUCAGAGUGAGGCGGAGGAAGAUCCCGGCACUUCUCGACAAAACUAUGCUUUACUCUUCGCCUCUGCCGGGCGCGUAUGCGUCCAGCGUGGUGAGGAUUCCCACUCCCGACACUGCAGCUCUUCAUGGGAACCAGAGCUCUCAAUUGCCGCUCAGAGAAACCCGACUUCCGUGGGCCCCUCGGGAGUCCCAGCGGAGGAUAGGUAGGAGUGUGGCUGUAAUUCUCGGCUGGAUCAGCGCCUGUAAGGCUCUGGACACGUUCUGCUUGUUGCCGCAGUCGCUCCCAAAAUGCCUCACAUAUUUGGUCAAAUGCUAUCAUAAAGUCGAUACUAGGCCCGGGAUGUUUUACAGGGUCGUGCUCUGGCGCCAUUUUGGAGGCAGAAGCCAGACACACAGGUUUUGGCAGGGUGCUCCUGGGUCAGUCUCAGAUGCAGGCAGGUAGCUGAGAGUACUGGGAUAACCCUCACCGGCAGGGGGAGAACAUGGCUAUCCACCGUGGGUCCAACUGGAACGUGGGUUGAGGGAUUGGCCACCUCCCCCACUCCCAUGCAGUCAGGCCACAACUAGGCUGCAAAAUUGCCACGGUGGGUUGUCCAGCCGGGAAAGCAGUGUGUGAGAGUUUGAGCCCUGGGUGAGCUGUGAGUACAAAGGGGCGAUUUACGGCUGAUUUUGAGGUGCGAGAGCCGUCAAAAAGGCAAAUAUAAUCAGAGAUUCUCCCAGAGCUCCUGCAAUGUGCGACCACUCGCCAUGCUGGGCAAGCUCUGCCCCACCUUUCUAAAUUUAAAUACCUGCUUUAUUAAUAACGAAGUGGCAGUACUUCAAAACUUUGUAAGAAUACCUUAUUACAAGCCAACCUCUUAACAGUGCCCUUUGCAGAGCAAAUGCAGACAUGUUCUUGUGCAGCAAAAUGUUUGGAAGAUAUAAUUUAAAGGGACACUGUAGGCACUAUGACAGUUUCUUCGACAAAAAAAAAAAGUUUCAUAUACUUUGGAGUUUGAAAUUGUAAUUGGUAAGAUUAUGGUGCAGGCAGUCAAAAUUCAGUACAGUUAUGAGAUCUGUUCCAUUUGAUAUAUUUGUAAAAAAUAAACUAGCUGUGCCUGUCUCUGAAAAUGCCACUUCGUUUCAGGUGUAUAUAACAGAAUGUCACAGAGUUUGCCAUAAGAUUUAACAACUGUGAUCAUUUAGAAUGUCAUAGCAUAAUCUGCCUCAAUCCAUCAGUUUGAAUGUGGCAUUAAACUGUUUUGAAUUCCGUUUCAGGUACUAUGUAACCAGGGAUACAGGUGCUUCCAACAUGCUACUGAAGGAGUGCUAAAAAUCUGCCCUAAGGCCACUCACUGUCAUCUUGAAUUAUGAGAGUGUCACUACAUACUAUGUAAGACGCUUUAACAAGACAUGUUGUUGUGGCUACCAUUGUUGUCAGAUGUUCCGGACUGUUGUAGUGAAGUUACUAAUGAGUUGUACCUGCAGAGCAGGUAUCCCGCUGCAAAGGUGUUAACCUUCAGACAAAUAUUUGUUCUUAUCAGCAUCACAGUAGCUCUGCAUGUUUAGAAUAUUUCAUCGGCUGCGUACUCUGGUGAUCAGUGUUAUUUUUAUUCUUUAACAGUUAUAUUGAGGUUAAAUGGAAAACUGCUUAGGUUAGGCUAAACCACAAUAUUAAAUGACUGGACGGCUUAAUAAAUUGCUGGUUUACACUAAUGUUAAUUUCAUAAGAUCUGUUUGACACUAACCAGUGGGAUGAUACUAGCAGCUUCUAGGCACCAUAACCACUUCCACAAUGAAGUGGUUAUGAAGCCUAGAGUGUUCUUUUAACCUCCAUAAGAACUUAUGACAUGCAUGGUGAUAAAAAAUGAAUUUUUCAAAACCCUUGGUCAUUAAGGGAACCUAUAGGCCCCAAAGUAACAUUUUAUUUGGGACUAUAAUUUCCCUGCCAUUACUGUGACAUCUGUCCACAAAAUGCAAUUUUCAUUUACUUUAUUUCCUUUUUUUUUUUUUUUUUUAUUAUUUCAUUUUAUCAUACAUUGAGAAAUAGUGAAAAUUACAUAGAAGACAAAGACAAGUGUGACAUAACAAAAACAUAUAAUUUACAUUGUUACAGCUAUUCUAGUCCUAUAUAUUGGGUAAAUCCAAGCUAAACAGCUGAGGAUCUCACAAUACCAAUGUAUUUUAUAUCUUAUGGAACUAUUGUCUGACUAGAAGUAGAUAUAAAUAUAUAAAUAUAAAUAUGGGCUAGGGUCAGUCUGAACAACUAAGAAAAAAUAUCCCUGGAAUGAGUUUUUUUUUUUUAUCAAAGUCUAUCGAAAUCCAAAUAAGGGAAAAAAAAAAAAAAAUACAAGGAAAUAAUUCAUUUAUUUUCUAAAGUUUGUAUCCAAUUGGUGUAUUGGUCUUGUUUAUUUAGAGAAAGUAUAGAGGAAGCUGGUAAAUCUUUUUCCAUUUGAAAUUGAUAUAGAAUUUGGUUAACAAGCUGACUCCUCAAGAAAGGAAGAUGUGACUUCCAUUGCCUAGCUAUUAUUAUUUUUACUGCGAGGAAACAGUGAUUUGCAAGGCAUUUAGAAGAAGUGGAAGAAAUUUUCCAGUUUAGAUGUAGCAAUGCUGUAUCUGGGCCUUUUUUAAUUGUAAUAUUAAAUAAGCAUUUAAGAAUUUCAAAGGACCACUCCCAUAGAUUUUUAACCAAAUUACAAUGCCACCAUAUAUGAACGAAUGUUCCCUCUGGAUAACCACAACGCCAGCAAUGAGGAAUUUGACCUGGAUACAUCUUAUUUAAUUUAUAUGGAGUCAGAUACCAUUUAUACAUAACCUUAUAUUGACAUUCAAGUAAAUUCUGACAAUGGAUAUAUUUACGGGUAUCUUUAAGAGACAUACACCAUUCCUGCUCAGUUAUUUCAUUCUUUAAGGUAUUUUUCUAUUUAUCAAGUAUCUUUAAAGGUUGUUGAUCAAGGUUGGAUAACAAGUUAGUAGCUUUUGAAAGAAUUUUAUUAACCUUAGUAUAUCUAAAAAUAGUUUGAAAAAGAAUAUCAAUUUUUGACGACGUAUUUAGUAAAAACUUAUUCAAAAAUUUUUUAAUUCUUAAAUAGGAAAAAAAUUCUUUGUUAGGGAGAAGAAGUUUAGCUUGAAUAUCCGCAAAAGGUAAAAUUUGGUCAUCAUAGAGGAUAUCCCCAAUCGUCCAUUGAAAUUUAGACCAUUUAUUUAAAGAGAUAUCCUCAAUAUUAUCUUCUAAAAUGAUCAAAUGAGAUGACUUAAUUAUUUUAUCUGAGAUUUUUUUUUGUUUUUUUAUCCUCUCCCAAGCACUGAUAAUGUGUGACAAAAUUAAUGAUUUACUACAUAAAAAUUCUAUAGUUUUUUUGUUGUUUUUAAGCCAUAAAUACAUUUCUAAUCUAUCUUUUCCAACUGCCUCGGAUUCAAUUAGGUACCAUGUGUCUGUUUUAAACGAUUCAACCUGAAGUUUAUAUAUGUGACCAAUAAUGUUAGCGUGAUAACAAUUUCUAAUAUUUGGAUAGUUUAUACCUCCAUUGUGGGGUUUUCUAGAAAGAACUUUAGAACUUAUUCUAGGCCUCGUCGUUUUCCAAAUGAAUUUUUGAAAACUAGAUUGUAUCAUGGUUAACCAGAUAUCUGGAAUUUGAAGAGGAAUCAUCCUAAAUAAAUACGACCAUUUGGGCAUAAUAUAAGCAUUAAUUAUGUUAAUCCUGCCGAUCCAAGAGGAUUCGGUCAGGCGCCAUUCUUUUAAUUUUAUAUUUGUGUAUUUUAGGAGAUUCAAUACAUUUAUUUCCAUAAUAUCGUUAACUUGAGAUGAAAUUAUCACGCCCAGAUAAUUAAAAACACUAUUAGUCCAUACAAAGUCAUAAUUCUUACGGAGAACUUUUAAGUUCUAGAUAUCGACAUUCGUAGUUACAGCAAUUGAUUUAGAUAUAUUGAGUUUAUAAUUAGAUACCUUAGAAUAGCUUUUUAUAACAGAUAAAACUUGGGAAAGAGAGGAUUCUGGAGAGUUGAGUGUUAAUAAUAUAUCAUCAGCAUAAAGUGAUAUUUUUGCUUCUGAGUUCUUCGUUGGAAAACCUGUGAUAUUCAAAUUAUUCCUAAUGUUAAUAGCUAGGGGUUCUAAGGUUAAAAUAUAAAGAAGUGGUGAUAAGGGACAGCCCUGGCGUGUGCCAUUAUAUAGACUAAACCAAUUUGAUUGAAUAUUUACACCUACAGUUCUAGCUGUUGGUUCGGAGUAAAGUGCCAAAAUGGCAUCAUGAAUCCAACCUAUAAAUCCAAAAGAAGUCAGCACCCCGUCGAGGAAGCGCCAACUGACCCUGUCAAAGGCCUUCUCGGCAUCCAAUGACAGGGUCAGCAGCGGAAUCCCCCGACGGAGUGCACCAUCCAAAAUAUUCACUAUUCUUCUAGUGCAUGUAUCAGAAGAUCUACCUGGCAAAAAACCAACCUGAUCAGAAUGAACGACUCUCUCAACAAGUGAUUUUAAUCUAGUUGUUAGUAUUGCUGCAUAUAUUUUCAUAUCUGUAUUGAUUAAAGAGAUUGGUCUAUAAUUUUUAACAUCAGUUGGAUCUUUGUUUGGUUUUAGUAUUGGGAGGAUAUUGGCUUGUAGCAACUCCUUUGGUGUUUUAGCUGUUUUGGCCAUUUCAUUAAAAAUUUACUUUAUUUCCAGUGCAGAGACAUCAUUGUUGCAGCUGCCUGCUCUGCCUUCUCUUUCGUCAGCAAGCAUAUUGAAAUGAUCCGUCUUCUCGUCCAAUCCUAUGCUUAUCCUAGAGAAGCAUUGUGGAUGAGCAGCGCAUGCACAGCAAGCACUGCACUACGCCACUCAAAUGCUCAGUCAAAUGAGAAGCAUCAAAGGAGAUCACAUGAAAUAGUCUGGAAGCACCAUAUGGAGGCUAUCAGGAAGACCGCCACUAGAGCUGUUUUUAGCCCUGUAAUGCUGCCCCUCGCCCUCCCAAAACUCACACACAUCCAGGAGAUGCAGUGUGUGUAUUGUAUGCAGUGUGUAUAGUGAAAACAUUCUCUGCAUGUGUAUAGUGGAUACAGAGAGUGUGUGUGUGUGGGGGGGGGGGUAGUGGAGGCAGUGUAUGUGUGAAUGCAGUUUCUUUGUAGUAAAUAUUGUGUAGUGGGUGCAUUGUUUGUGUUUUUGUAGUUGAAGCAAUGUAGUGUGCAGUGUGUACUGUGUAAAGUGUACUGGAUGCAAGUAGUGUGUGUAGUGGAUGCAGUGUCUGUGUGUAGUGGAUGCAGUGUCUUGUGAGGGGUGAUUUUUUUAAGUAUAAUAUACUGUAUUUAUUUUGUAGUGGGUGCAUUGUCAGUGUUUGUGUAGUGGGUGCAGUGUCUAUGUGUAGUGCAUCUGGUGAGUGUAGUGGAUGCAGUGUCUCUGUGUAGUGCAUGUAGGGUGUGUAGUAUAUCCAGUGUCUGUGUAUAUUGCGUGUAGUGGAUGCAGUGAAGGCUGAUUAUUUUUUUGAAAUGUAUGAUUUAGUGCAUUCCCCCCUCCUUGCCUCUUACCUGUGGUCAGGGGGGGGGAGAGUAGUUUCCAUGGUGGUUCAGUAGCACAUUUUGCUGUGUCCUGUGGAGAACCCGCGGCAACGCUCUUGCAGUGUUUCGAGAGGAGAUGACAGGAAGCUGCAGGAGGGGAACAUCAGACUUCUGGGCCCCCUUUCCACAGGACAAGGUAGCGGGGCCCAGAACUGCAUAUAUAUGUAGUGGUAAUCGCUAUAAUAUGCAUAGGCGUCCCAGGCUCCAGAGCAGUCACUUCACAGUGUACAGGGGUGGCAAAAUGCCGCCCCUGUAAAAGUCCCGAUUGGAGCCGUGGCCCCACCACUGCUGCCAAUGGAUGUCCGGCCCUGACUGCACCCACACCACUUAAUUGAGAUAAAGUGGUCUAGGUGCCUGCAGUGUCCUUUUAAGUGUCUAAUGAUGUAGAAAAUAAUAAUAUAUUCAUUAACUUACUAUUUUUAUUAUUUGAUGCAAUUUGAAUUGUUGUGGCCGAUUAUAUAUUUAAAGAUCUAUAUUAUACUAUUAUUAGCAUGUAUAUAGCGCCAACAUAUUCCACAGCACUUUACAAUUAUAGAGAGGAGAUGUUUGACAAGAAGUAAUUGACAUGUAGAAUAUUAAGAGACAAGAGGUGAAGAAGGCCCUGCUCAAAUGUUGGGACACUUACAUAGUGACAUAGUCUGGAUUCGAACCUGGGUUUCCCCAUUCUAAGGUAGAACAAGAGCAGUCAUCAAUUUGGGAUUUAGUAGGACCUACAAAAAAUGAGAACCUUGACAGUGUGGUAGGUUUCUGCAUUAUUUUACUGAAAUCAAGUAGGUAUUAAAAAAAAGAAGAAGAAAAAGCCAACAGCAAUUUUAACAUACUGUAUGUUGUAUCGCUUUCCCCCCAUCAGUAACCUUUAUAAUACAUGCAUGGUAAGGUGAUUGCAGUGUUUCAGUUAUAUACAUACAUUUUUCACUGACAAUGCCUCUCUAACUGCCUACACUACUAGAAUUUUUUUGUACUUUACAAAGAUGGAAAAGCUUCCAUCUGAAAGCUGAGAAGUGAUUAGUGAAAGUAGCUGAACAAUGUGCCGGAGAUCAAACUGGAAGCAUAAAAAAAAAAGAUUAUAGAAAAAGGAGACAAGUGGAAAGUCAGACUUAGGUGAACAGAAAUUGGAGAGAUUUUCCAAGUGUCUGAUUUAACUUUUUCAAUGCAUUAUUUUUAGAGUAUGAAAAAUACAAAAGUCUUAAAGAAGGGAACGAGGGCAAAAGCUACAGAAAGAAAUUGCCAAUGCAUAUUUUAAUUUGCGUUGUUCGAACUGAAAUUGGAUUCAUUGCGUUGUACAGUUUGUGGAGAUUCUCAAAAAAUCCAUCACCUUCAUUAACUGCUUUGUAGCAUUCCAAAUCUCCUGAAACCGCAAGGCUGAUAUCUACAUAAACUGGUCUACUCAUAAACCGCUUGACCGGAAUGUCAGGGUCGUCCCUUAUUAAAUAAUAAGUGUGAUCUCCGCCUGGGGAGAUCUUGAAAUGCUGACAAAAAUAAAUGGACAAAUAUGAGACAACCGUACAAAAAUAAUAAGAAUGACCAGUAUAGGGAUCUAAUAGAGGGGAAGAGAAACAGGGUCCGGAAACAUUAUAACAUAUCUGUUCUACGGAAUAUCCUUACAUUUCCAAUUAGGCUAGAUCAAGAGGUAAAAAUUAAAAAUCUUUAUUAAGUCAUAGGGUAGAAAUAGCCAAAGGUGAGCCUCCCCCAAAAACAGAAAAAAAGGGGGAAGGCUCUAUACUAAAUCCCCUCUAUAAAAACUCGUGAGUGGUAGAGAUAAGGCUGCAGUCUUUGUAUAAACAUCCAAAAUGGAUAUAGAAAGUAUGGCUAAAGAAUAUUAGAGACAGAGUUAUAGGGCUUGAACCUUCUGGUAGAAUAAUUGAGGAGCAGUGAUCCCUAUUAAGGGUGGAAGUAGAGGGAAAAGUAUAGUGAGGCAAAAAGGGGAGUAUACACCCUUCCUAGUAUGCUAGGUAUGUAAGCCUCAAAGUAAGUCCCUAAACUCUGUGAAACACCUUCGUGGGUGUUCUAAUCUAAAUGCUCACUCUAAGAAGGUAUCGCCCACUGCCUAUUGCUACCGGAUCCCCUCUCGUCCCUUAUUAGUUCAUCUAUCAAAGUCUGUUAUCUCUGCUUAUUUUCAUUUUAUCUUUAAAAUAAUGUUCUCGUUUCUUAGAAUUGUUUAAUUAGAACAUUUUAAAUUCCUUAUAACAGAGCCCUUUUGCUUGGCAUAUGAUUUCAUGUAUCACAUUAACCAUAAGUUUUUGUGUAUGUUGCAAAGACCUCCAAAAGUGAUGACACUGCUCAGUGUGCUGUGGCCGGGUGAUAAGGUUGAUGGCAAAUAUUUUUACCUGAUGUUCUCCCUCACGGGUGCCGCCAUAUUCCUACUACAGCUCCAGCCCCUUCAUCCUCACAGAACUUACAUUCCUGUUGUACUCUCACACCUGUUAGACCGCAAGAUUCUCCAUAGACCAACUUUUCCUCUGUACAAAACGAUGAAUGUUCCCGAUAGCCAUCGCUAGUUACUGCUGUGGGAAUUGACACCUUUCCACACUGUAGUGGAAACUGCACCUUUUGUCAAGUUUAAGCAACUCUGGCUUACAAAGAAAGUGGAUGUAAGAUUGCUUUGGAAUUUCAAAGAAAGGAAUGAGUUUGAAACCAGUGGAAUAUCUCAUGUAUCUCAUAAAUUGUUAUUUGGCUUGGAAAAAAAAAAGACUUAAGUGCAUCAUUCAGCUUUCAUACUGCUCUGUUACUUAAAGGUAAACUAUAGCAUUAGAAAUACAAAACUGUAUUCCUAAUACUAUAUAGUAUGUCCCUGUCCAUAACUUUAGGUUUCCUUCCCCCUUCCCUCCCCGCCCCCCCCCGUAAACAGGAAAAGAUUUAAAAAAGUUUUAACACCUACUUUAAUUCCAGUGUUGAUGUCCAUCGCUGCUGAAUCGAUCUUCUCCAGUGACGUCACACCAGUGGAGGACCUAACAUCAGGGCCGGUGCAAGGAUUUCUGCUGCCCUAGGCAAAGAUCCAUUUUGCCGCCCCUCAUGUCACUCACUCACUGACAGACACACACUGGCAGACACACACUCACUGACAAACAAACACUGGCAGACACACACUCACUGACAGACACACACUUAUUGAUGCACACUCACUCACUGACAUACAUACACUCCCUUCCUGACACAGACACACACUUACUGACAGACAUACACUCACACAGACACUCACUGACAGACAUACACUCACUCACUGACAGACACACACACACAGGCAGACACUCACUGACAGACACACACUGAGCGCCAAACACUCACACACUCACUGACAGACAGACACACACUCACUGACAUACACUCACUCACUGACAGACACACACAUAGGCAGGCACUCACUGACAGACAGACACACACAUAUUUAUUAAGGCCCAUCCAGCCUCCCUACCUCCCUGGGGUCCUAUGCCGGGGUCAGAAUAUUGUCAUAUUUCGGCUCCUGGCAUCACAGAGGGUGCGUGAGGGAGGAGUGAGAGGAUGUAAGAACAGCCCACCUUGCCCCCUGGCUUCUCCUUCCCCCUCUCCUCCAGUCACCGGCAUUUGUUGGCAGAGCAGGCACCUGCAAUCAAGGUAAGCAGGUGCCUGCUCUGCCUUACCUGGCACAGCUUUGGGGGCACCCUGAGGUGGCCAGGUGGCCACCUCCUGGCCCCCCUAUGACAGGGCUCCUCUCGGCUCCCCCACCUUCGGGCGCCUUUAGAAUCAGUCUGGCGCUGGGGGCGGCUCAAGAGCCGCUCGCCCGGGGCUACGGCCCCAGUCAGGGUCAGCACACCAGGAAACAUCCCGGUGGGUGCCUCCCCAGCAGGCUGGCGCCCUAGGCGAAUGCCUAGUUCACCUAACAGUUGCGCCAACCCUGUCUAACAUGCAUGCGCAGCGAGCGCCAUACGCACAUAAAUGCUUCGCCAUAGAAAAGCAUUAAAUCAAUUAUUUCUCUGAAGCUGCAAUGUUUUCACUUGCAGGUUUAGGGGGACAGAUGCAAUAAAUCAAUAGGAAUGGCUAUAGUAUCCCUUUAAUUGCUCAUUUAAUGUAUACAUACUCCUGUGCAUGCACUCUAGUGCUAGAGCCAAGAGAAUGUUAUAUCAAUUCCUGCUUGAAGAAAAAAGCCCAAGCAUUCUAAACUUUUUAUAUGAAAACUGCUUUUUAAUCAGUUACCUUUAUAUGAUCCGGGUCAUUUUUGUGAAAUAUUAAAAAUCUACAGGUAAAGCUUCCAUAUUGCAACCAAAAAUAAAUGCUUUUCAAGCCGCUGGGCAAAAGCUUAAUUUCCAUACCAAAUGUAAGGGGUCUGAUACGAGAGAAAUGGAAAUGAUUCAAUGAAUAUAGAUAGGAGGAUAAAUUUAAAAUUCAUUGCUAUUUACUUAUUUAUGGAUUUGUUUUUUGUUUUUUUGCUUGUUUUUAUUUCAGGUAAUGAUCACCGGGCAAGGUCACAAGGAAAGAACUUCUGAGAUAAGUGAACCAGACUGUGAGGUUCCUUCGAAAUCAAAAAAGAAGAUCGUUCCUAGAUCUAAACCCAAGUCACUGGCUGAAGUAUGUCAAUCUCUCUGUUUUCUUUUCCCUCAAAAAUAAAUUUUCACUUCCCAGGAAUUUAAAUGUUAUGUUUACUUAUCAUCUAUUUUUAUAAAAUAUGUAUUUAUGAGGUCAGAGAAAUAAAAUUUAGAUGUAGAAAUCCACAACUGGACGCUUACUGUCAAUCAUUUUUGUAAGCUCUGUUUUUCAUACCUGGCAAUCAGCAUAGAGAAAGCGUACAGAGAAGAGGGGAAAUUAAGAAUAUUUUAUUUCUCCUCCUUCAUUUGGAUUGUGUGGCUAAACUGAACAGGGUUAUGUAUCAUUUGCUAAAUAUUUACUAUUAAAUAGGCGGUAAAGACGGGAUUGCAUAGACAUGAGUAGUCUAGGACAGUCAAAACUCUGAAUACAUCACUAGAGACCUGUAGUAAUAGGCACAAACCGUACUUAACUAUGUAGAGUGGCAACAGCUCCACCUAUUGUUAUGUCUGCAAAAUACUUUUUCAUUUUCUAUAUACACUGAUCAGCCACAAGAUUAAAACCACCUGCCUUAUCUCGUGUAUGUCACCCUUGUGCUGCCAAAACAGCUCUAAUGCAUCUAGCCAUGGACUCCACAAGACCUCUGAACAUGUCCUGCGGUAUCUGGCCCCAAGGCAUUAGCAAAAGAUGCUUUUAAGUCCUGCAAGUUGUUAGGUGGGGCGCAUCAAUGGAUCGGAUUUGUUGUUCCAGCACAUCCCACAGAUGCUCCAUUGGAUUGAGAUCUGGGGAAUCUGGAGGCCAAGGCAACUCCUUGAACUCUUUGUCAUGUUCCUCAAACCAUUCCUGAAAAAUGUUUGCAGUGUGGCAGGGUGUAUUAUGCUGCUGAAAGAGGUCACAUGAGGAAACACCAUUGCUAUAAAGGGUUGUAUGUGGUCUGCGACAAUCUCUAGGUAAGUGGUAUAUAUCAAAGUAACAUCCACAUGAAUGCCAGAGUUUCCCAAGCAGAACAUUGCCCAGAAAAUAACACAUACUCCACCGGCCUGCCUUCUUCCCAUAGAGCAUCCUGCUACCAUCUAAACAAUGCACAUGCACCCGGCCAUCUACCUAAUCUAAAAGAAUACAUGAUUUAUCAGACCAGGCAACCUCCUUCCAUUGCUCCAUGGUCCAGUUUUGACGCUCACGUCCCCAUUGAAACCGCUUUCAGAGGUUUACAGGGGUCAUUUUUUGACUGUCGCAUAGCUAUAAGCAGCAUGUCAUAGCCAGCAUUAUGUUUUUCAGCCAUUCGAGCUACAGUAGCUCUUCUAUGUGGAGCUAAGAUUAGCUCCCCACCUGCAUCAAUGAGCCUUGGGUGCCCCUGACCCUGAUGCCGGCUCACCAGUUGUCCUUCCUUGCACCCCUUUUUUUACAAGUGAUAUUACAGGCAUGUCACCAUAAGACCAUCCAGGAGGUAUGAUAAUAUAUACUGAAUAAAAUGACAAUACAUGGAGAUUUUUUUUUUUUAAAGUAUAUUGACAGUUAAUUCCCGUUUAAGAUUCUUGAAAGCCACACAUUUUCUGCAUAAAAGGCAACGUAGUUCUCAUCAAUUGAUGAAGUGUCUGUUUUAUAAAAUACACAACUCGCAAGGUAACAAAACAUAUAAAACGCAAUGCAAAUGGGCAGCAAAGAGGAAGAUCAGCUACAUAAUAAUUAAUUGAGGAACAGCUUUCGUCAACUUAAUAACAUCACGCUCUGUUAGGCUUUAUUUGUGUGAAUAAUUGGAUAAUGCUUCAUGGUUUAUUUAUCCUGCUUUCCCACUUGUGCAUUUGGAUAUUUAAUGUGUCCUCUAAAAAUAACCGCAAAUUAUUCUUUUAUGCUCUGAUAUUUUAUAUAAUUCUUUUUUUUUUGUGAAAGUAAUUUUAACUGUGCAGCUAAGUCUUUUACUUUCUUCAAAAGUGCCCUUCUUCGUAGCAGUGUGCUAAGCUCUGCACUUUGUAGCAUAUUUAUACCUGCUUAAUAUGUACGCCGCAUUUUACUCUUUUUACAGGCAGAUAAUCCGCUAUCAGACAAUGGAGUUGCUGAGUUUGCAUUAAAGGCCAAAGUUAUUUAUCCAAUAAAUCAAAAGUUUCGGGUAAGCAACGGUUUGUUAGAUCACAGUUAUAUAUUGAUGAAUUGCUAAUAUGACAACCAUUUAUUGUAAAAUGGGAAGCGUUUGACGGACUUAAAGCGACUCAUUUUUUUUUUUUUUUCAUCAUAUCUGCUGAUGAGAUUUAGCACGAUUUAUUAUACAUAGCUACCAAAUACACAUUGUUUGACCUUCAUUGAACAAACAUACUUUGAGCAAAAUCGGGCACCAAAAAAAAUAAAAUAUAUGUGCCAACUGUAGUGAGCCUUCACCAAAAAUACACAAUAUACAUAAAGAAGCAAAAUAAAUAAAUGCAUUUUUUUUCUUUAUGUACAUUGUGUAUUUAUGUUUCUUGAUGUAUAUUGUAAUAUUAUAAUGUAAUUGUGACUGUAGUGAUCAGCAGUACAUGAAAAAAAUGAACAUAAUAUAUUUAUUGUGGAACUCUAUUUUUAGUUGCAAUAAUAAGCAUAGUAAGUCGCAAGAGUAAUGCACUCACAGAUUUUAGAGCUACUUUGAGAUCACCUCAGCGGUAUAAUGAGAAAGAAGAAAUAGACAGUACAGUGUAUGUCUGAGUUACGGAAUCAGCUCAGUCUGUGAGGGCCAUAGGAGUGUAACAGAUUGAUGUCAGCACUAGUUAGUGAUGAUAGUCUUCAGGAAAGGUUUUCUGAGGUUUUGGUCUUGUGGAACCUCUGAAGGGCAAAAAUGAUGGUGGAAAUGGCUGGAGGUGAGCCUUUUAUUUUUUUUAUUCUGCUGCCCCCCUAAAAGUGUUCAAGCUAUCCAGUACUCCAUGUGAACAUUCAGAGGUAGGCUGGUGGAAAAUACAUGUCUACUUUUAUCACUGUAUGUAUGUUAUAGAGUGUAGAUACAGGUCUUAAAAUACUGAAAGAAUUAUGCUAAAUAGAGUUUCAGGAUAGUGUAAUAAUAGGAAACACUAGCAGGGUUAUUUACUAAAGUGUGAAUUGUCAGGAAUUAGAAAUGUCACAAUACUAAAACUGGAAGGAUAGCUGACAUUGAGGAGGGGGGUUCCAAUUCAGCUAUUUUGACUUUGAAUUUGAAAUUUACUUUGAAUUCCCAACAAUUUUUACUUUAGUAAAUAACUCUGAAUGUGUUAAUAUUAUGCACAGUAUUGCUAUUACAAAGAAACAAAAGCUAAAAUAAACUUUUUUUAUAUUGACUUUAUUGAGAGGUCUCCUGGUGCUACUGGUAUGUAAGCUAAUACAAAUGCCAUCCUUAUUUAUUAACCUUCUCUUUCCUAUUAAAAAAGUAAUCCUGAAGGGGAGUGUGCUACAAUUUUAUUUCACAUGUUUGUUUCUUUUGAUUUAUUUUUUUUAAUUGUAUAUAGUUUUAUGUAUUUAUUUUUAAUGUAUUAAUUUAUUUGGAGCACCUGUGCAUUAAGCAACAUGCUUCUUAAAGUUAUCUUACCUCAAGUUUUAAUGUGUUCAUGUAGCCCAUGUAUUUAGAGCAUUCGUGUAAAGUACACUAUUUUCCCCCUGAAGAUAAUGUUACAUUUGCAUUAGGAAAGUCAAUGUUUGCAUUUAAUUAGCAUAUAUACAUCCUUUAUUAAGAAUUUUGCUAUGUGCGGGAAAGAAAAGGCCAUUUUUGUUGCGUCACUUAUAUGUGACCGUCCUAGAGUAUCAGAAAUGACUCCCCAAAAUCUUGCGGUUACAGCCUCUUGCAGAUGGAGCCUCCAACCCUUCACUGCAUGAGAACGUCAAGCAAACACAAUUGCCUAAUCAGAUGAUUGAAGGUUCUGCCUGCAGCAGUAUUGAAUCUCUAAGCCAUAGAGAGAAGGAUGACAGCAGUUCUUCUACAACCAUACAUUCCACCACAAGUGAAGAUAGAUUUUAUGAACGGACCUUUCCACGGGUGACAAGUUUUCCAGAAGUCCUUUCAUGUAAUAGGUGAGGGAAAAAAAAAAAAACAUCUACACUGUUUGAAGCAACUAUAUUCCUUAUCAGUGAUGUAAUCACAUCUCCACUCUUUCAAGGUUUGGAAUCAAGGACCCCUUUAACUGCAAAGUUCACAGACAUAGAAUAAGCUAUUAUUAAAGAGGUAUAGACUAUCUUGAGUUGAAUGUGGGACAACUCUAGAAGGCUCAAAAAUCCCAAGUAGUUUGGAAUGGAUGCUUUCACACUGAGCUAACUUUUUGAGUUGUGAUAAUACAAAAAAAGUGACUUUAUACAUAAUGUCAAAACUAGAAGUAUGUCUCAAUCUACUUGACAGCAUGCCAUUGCCACUGGUCUCAUAGGGACAGCAAGAAGACUGGCAUUUAUGCUUGAAAAUUUUACAGACAGUAAACAUGAAGAAAUGUGAUAGAGACCUUUUGAGUGAGCAUGUGGACUUAGCAAUAUUACCUAAUCAAGGGAAUGAGGGGCACGUUACACUUAAAAUCUAAGUGCUAUUCCAUGAUCUAUAUUUACCUAUCGGGUACCUGAAGGUUAAAAAUUCACUGGUACCCUUCCUGUCAACCAGAAAUCCAGUUUCCCCAUAGAAAAAUCAAGUGAAACAAAUACAUUUUGUGGUAUAUUGAUAGAGAAACAGUGCUGGUUUGGUGGGCUUUUUGAGAGCUGACUUUUCUUCCUAGUUUUAUAGUAUGAUGACACAUAUAUGCGGGUUUAAAGGGAACACAGAAAAUUUGGUUAAAAUCUAGAACCAACAUUUAUUAUGGGGAAAAAAAGAUCUUACAUACACCUUAAAUUGCAGAACUCUUUUUUUUGGGAACAUGAGCAUAGUUUAGACAAAGGAAAUACAUUGUCCAAAAUUCUAUAAAAUAUGUCACACAACACGUUUGGCUUAUCCUAUCGUCCAUGGUUCCUUCUCUUCUUAUUCAGUUGUGUUAUUAUGAAAGAGCUGUUAAUGGCUUCCUACUUUACUUACUCAAGUCUUUAGGGGAAUCUUUGCUGUAUAGUAAGUUACUGUAACAAUAUAAUACAGUCUGUAGAAAUAGGUGCAGUCUUUGACCAUUUCAUGUUACAUUAGUUGUCUGUCCUUUUGGUUUACAAACUGACUAUCGAAAAGUCAGGGAAAGGAACAAUGAAUAUUUGAUGGAAAAUUUGACCAAUUAUUUAUGAAAAUGCCUCAAUUUGUAGAAUGGUUAUAAACUAAACAUUGUAACAAAAGGCAUGAUGGUAUGAAUGCCAAAGACCUAUGUCUAACCUCUGUUAGUACUCCUACCUCUGAUGCUCACCUUAAAGAAUUCUCUAGGGCUGCACCAUUCCUAUGGAAUGCCCUUCCCCUCACUGUUAGACUUUCACCCAAUCUCCACUCCUUCAAAAAAUCUUUGAAAGCUCACUUCUUCAGGAAAACAUUUUAAUUAAACUGUGAACAGCCUUCCCUACCCGCACCCUGAUUCCUCUCCUGAAACUGUCAGCAAACAAAACAAUAAGCCCUCAGUGAAUACUAUUCUAGCACCCUACUUUCCUACCUUACCUUUACCUUUUGUGUCUCUAUACCCCACUCCCUCUAGCAUGUAAGUUCAUUGAGCAGGGCCCUCAAUCCCUCUGUUCCUGUGCGUCCAACUCGUCUGGUUACAAAUAAGUGUCUGUUAGUCCACCCAUUGUACAGCGCUGCGGAAUUUGUUGGUGCUUUAUAAAUUAUAUUGUAGAAAAAGGCUACUCUCAUUUAUCCUGCAGCUUUCAUGAAUAUAUGCAUUGGGCAUUGUACAGGAAGUAUUAUAAAUGCAGCAGAACUGGUGUAAUAUAGCACCAUUGUGACUCAGAGUAAUCAGUGCAAGAACAUUCACCAGUAAUAGCUUUUUAUUUCAUUCAUAAAUAUGUAACAAUCAAAUAAUAACAGGGGUUUCUCCAUUUCUGAUUCUGAUUUUGAUGAAUGUGGCGUCAAAUAAAAUGCCAGCCUAGCACGCUCACAUACAAAUGACUCACAUUUCGAUGUCGCUGUCAGUAGUUAUAAACUGAUGGAUGAUGAACAGGUUUCAGCAGAGGGUUGUGUAUUGAUAAGUGUUUUAAGGUCAUCAUGUAAUUUCCAUAGUGCAAUAAUUCACUGAAAUGGAAAGAAAACCAGACCAGGUUGUAAUCUGACAUCAUUUCACCAUGGCUUAGAUAUGAUAGAUGAUGAUUAAGUCCUCAUUUUCAUGCUGAUAGUCUCUUUCAACAAAAUCGCUAUCUCCAUUUAAGAAGAUAACCCCUUUCCUGCCUUCCUAUUUUUGGCACCAAAGGAAUUCAUUCUACUGUAUUUCACCUUAUUUUCUUCUUUUAUUUUCUUACAUUUGUUAUAAUUUAUGUGAACAAUUCAUUUAAAAAAUAAUUUGUUUAAAGCAAAAGGGGGUAGUGUGGAUGAGGGGAAUAGAGAAAGUUGCUAUAAUUUUCUACAAGGGUCUCUCUCAUUCACAUUGUGACUUGGGGACAAAUCCUUUUAACUUGGGUGCAAGGAAUGAAAAAUAAAUAUAUAUAUAUAUAUAUAUAUAUAUAUAUAUUUUUUUUUUUUUAAAGGGCAGUGGUUUUGGUGCUAAUAGGCUCUGCUUUCAUCACCAAUUUUCCCUCUUACUCCUGAUUGCUAUGGGAAGAAGGCUUGGACUGGAGACACAGACAGACCUGUCAAUGCUGUCUGUGUAUGCUUCAUAUUUUCCUGCACUUUCAUUAGUGCCAAUGAUGGACUAGACAGGAAAUGCAAAGUCUCCAAAAAUUGCUCCGGUCUCAGAGCAAUCUGGACCCACGUUUUGCUGGUGAUUGCAGGAGAAUAACAGCACGGUAUCCAUUGAAUACAUUGCUGUGUAAUGAUUAUGUUGCUGGUUCGAGAGAUUGGAUUUCAGCUAAAAUGGAUAUCAUGGUAAAUGAAAAGAAAAAUUCACAGGUAAGAAUAAAAUAAAGCCUUUGCUUUGUUUGCUGUGCUAAUCCUGAUUUGUUAUUUUACAAAUUCUGAACUCAACUGAAACAAGCAAUAUAUAAUUAUUUUUCAUUUGUAUUUGUGAAUUUUAGCUUUUAGACAUGUAUUCUUGUUUGAUUUUGUUUUUGUUUUUUAUUUUAGCUGUGAUGUUAAACUCUGUCUGUAUAGCCUGUGUUUGCAAAGUUUGCCUCUUCUCGACUUAGAACUAAGACAAGAGCAGCACACGGUGAGUGAUAAAUAGUUGUUUUAAGGCCAUUCCAUAAUCACAUUUAGGGUUAGAAAUGGGCAGCAAGCUGUAGGAAUUUCAGUACGGACUUACAGCACACAGUAUUGGGGGUUUCACUUGGGGUAAAUCCAAGGCUGUCUAUAAUAUCACUAGGACCCUGGGCAAAGAUUUUAUGGGGCCCCCUGGAACCUCCCCCUACUCCCUGGCAUGCAAUCUCACCUUUCACAUACAUACUUACACAGACAUAUACACGGACAGACAUACUGACACAUGCACGUACAGACAUACUGACAUACAUUCUGACAUUCACUCACACACACACACACACAUACACUGACACACACACAUGCAGACACACACACACACACUGACAGACAUGCUGUCACAGACAUACACAAACACACUGACAGGCAUACUGACACACACACAGACACAUACCCUGACAGGCAUACUGACACAAAGACACACACACAGACAUACUGACACACACACAAAGACACAUACACUGACCGACACACAGACAUUCACUGACCAACAUAAUGGCAUACCCAUUGACAGACAUACUGACCCAUACAAAUUCACUGACAAACAUACUGACACACACAUGUAUUGACAGAUAUACUGACACACAGACAUGCUGACACACACACUGACAGACACACAGACAUACGGACACAUUCACACACAGACACACACACACAAUUGACACUUUUAAAUCUACUUCCCCUUUCCUACUUUGAAGGAUUGCUUCCCUGGUGUCCAGAGUGGUGGCUGAGGCUGUUGGGUGUUGCCGACUGGCAAUCCGGCCCAGCCCCCUUCCUCUCUGCCUCCCUGGUCUAUCCCACGUGGCUCUCUCUGGGAGGAAGUGACUCACGGCAAUCACUUCCUCUCAUGCUGCCUAAAAGCAAGGGGGCCCGGUCGUGCUGUUAAAGGGCUACAGUGCCCAAGUGGGCCUCCUUAGUGUGCGGGCAACAGGAUGCACCGGGGCCCAUGGAGUGAGAGUAAGUUGUUGAGGGCAGCGGGGCCCACGGGGCAGCUGCCUUGGCCCCCCCAGAAGUAAAAGGGUGCGGGGUAACUGCCCCGUUUGCCCCACAUUAAAGACUGCGCUGGAUAAAUCUCUAAAGUAAGAAUUCUUGGAAAUUAAAAGUUAAUUUAAAGUGAAUUUCACAAUUUAAGCGGUAAUUCUCCAAGUCAGUUUUCAAUUUGGCUAUUUUGACCUUAAAUUUGAAAUUUACUCUGAGUUCCUGGCAAUUUUCACUCUAGUCAAUAACCCUGUAAGUCGUUCAGCACAUGUACAUGUUUAAAUUCACUUUGUAAACCUGAAACCGUACUUUUUAGGAGAUUGCAAAAACUACUACUUUAUUUCCUGUAAAUAAUAUUGAUUAAUGUAUCUCACGUUCCAUCAUCCAAUAGUAUUCAUAACACUCUAUCAUAGAAUUCAUAGCACUCUCUCCUCCAGUUCAUAGCGCCAUUGUUAGAAAUACAUGGCAAGGUGGACUUUUGUCUACCAUUUUUAUUUUUCUGAUUCAAUAUAGUAAUGGAUUCAAUAACAUUAAGGAUAACGAGGAUUUUACAUUGAUUGAAUUGUAGAACAUGAAUAGGGUUUGUAAGAAAAAAAUAAAUGAAUUUGUCCUUCGGUACUAUUUAUUCUAAGCGUUUUAUAAAGACAAAACAAACUGUAUGAUCUCUAACAAUAUAUGCCUUCCAAUAUUUCUGCAAACAAUGAACAAAUGUCUAAAAAAAUAAUUCUGUAAUGAAUAUUAAUCUAGUGUUUUAAAUACAGUUAAACAGUAAUUUGUACUCAAAAUGACUCGUAGAUCCUUAUUUCAUGUGCACUGUUACAUUUUAAGCUUUACCAUCAUUAUUAUUUUUAGAAGUGCUGCAGAGAAGGGGUUAAUAUAUUUAAAAUGCCAUUAUAAUGAUGUGUUACAUUUUUGAUUGUAAUUUGGAGGCAGAGUUAUUAAAAUAAUGAAGUGUGAAGUGAUUCUGUCAUUUCUAACCCUGAAAUAGAAAUCUUUCCAUUGAAGGGUUAAACACACCUCCAGUGGCUGUCUGCCAGCCAGCCACUAGAGGCACUUUCACUGCACUGGCCGAGUAAAACUCGCUCACGUGAUGUUGCGGCUCAUAGAAAAGAUUUAAAGUCAAUGUUUUCCAUGUCAGGCACGUGGGCAUCAGGUCCCAAUGCUGCUUUUUUGUCUGGCAGUGUAAUACAUUAAAAUUUCUAAGAAAUUGUUUUUUUUUUACAUUUUGCCUAAAAUCCGCCUCUAGAGGUUUCUAGAGAUUUUCUUCAUUAAGACCUAUGAGAUGCUUUGGAUUGGCAGAGUGCAACAAUUGCUACACACGUGCCGUAGGUACGCAACGCUUCUCUGUGAGAAGCAUCUGAUUGGACCAUCAAUGUUGAUGAGCAAAGCCUAUCGGGUUACAGAAAGGAGUGCCCAGCACUGGAUUAAUUUAAUGUUUGGUUUUUUUUGUUAUACAAAGGGUGGUUUAGUCAUCUAAGUUAUAAAGGAUUAUGUUAAAAAUAAAUAUACUGGGAGCGGAGUCUAGCCACCAAGCGGAGCUAUGUGGGUCCCGAGCUCCUGCAAAAUAAGCAGAUUUGGAGUGCUUAACCCCGGCAAACCAGCGAUUCAACCCACGGACGGGAACUACCGAGCUCAAGGGGUACCAACGACACAGCUUGGGACUAUACCAAAUCGGCUACUCACCGGGACUCAGAGAUCCACUGCUGCGGCCUGCUGCAUCAGAGCUAGGGAGAGGCAGCCGCUCUUCGAGAGCUCAAUCGUCCUGACACUCUCCUACCCUCGCCCCCCCUCUGAACAGGCGGGGGUCAUCCUGGUCCCCACUGGACUGUCUAGAACAACUGAUACGGCACUUACCUCCUAAUCUGAACCGGGGCCUAGCCACGCUCUGAAAUACGACUUAAGAUGGCGACGGUGUCCUGACCAAGAGAAGGAGCACGUGUGCAGCCUGCACUGGCCCCUAGCUCCGUGGAGCAAUUCCUACAGCGGCUAGACAAGCACUUCCAACGAUUCUGGGAGGCUCCGGAGAACUGCACAUCUCUGUUGCUGCCCCGACUUUGGGUAGAGAGCCUGAGAGCGCGGAGGAAUCCCUCAGGCUUAGCUGUACCACAAUCCUUUUAUUGUUUAUUUUUCAUGCUUUCUUCACUCUACUCGUAAUACAUGUGUAAUAUAGGGGGGAUCAUGGAGUGCUGAUUCCAGUGGUUAAAAUCGUUAUCUUAUCUUAGAUAUGUUUACUUCUGUACCAAUAAAGAUCUUUAGCAACAGCCAGCAAGCGACAUGAGUCUAACCUAUAUGUUAUUAUACCAGGAAUACUAGCCUGUUAGUAUGUGUAGAUACUUUGUUUCUAUAUACAAGCUAACCACAAUCAACCGUUUAGACAUGCAUGAUCAGCCUGUAGGGUACUGACUCCCACAUAUAUGUAAUUGCAUCCUACUUUUGUUAACAUAUCUACACUUAACUUAGUGACUCUCCUUUAAAAGUUAACCUAGACGUAUACUGCUUAACCUGUACUUAUUGUACUUAUCAUACAAAAAAAUUGUGCAUUUUUCUCUCACUACCCAAAUUGUUAUGCGGGAUGAUUGGCAUGAGGACUGGUGUUGGGGCACCUCAAGCGUGUUUGCAAUGUCAUUAUGCACUGCAAAAAUACAAAAUAUAUAUUUUUUUAAAUAUACUAAUUUUUAACAUUAGAGUGUUCAUUUUAAAUAAACAAUGUAAAUACAAUGACAAAAAUAAAAUUGAACAAUUAAAAUAUUGUGAACAAAAUUAAUUUACAUGAUUACAUAUGUGUCAUUAUUGGUUAGAAGAAGGGGAGAAAAUGUAAAUUUUGUUGUCCAGCCAUUGUCUCCCAUUAAUACCAAUUAGAUAGGCAGCAGUAAACUUUGCAUCACAUGGAAAAUAAAAUGAGAAGAUGAUGGGAAAGUGUCUAAAAUUUUAUCACACUUAUUCCAAUCUCCAGCGUUGGAUACAAUGCACUGUUCACCCCAUUUGCAGUAAUUGAGAUAGAUGGAUAGUGUAACGGGACCGCCGCUAAACUAUGAAUUGACCGGGUUGUUCUGUGAUGUGUGUUACAGUCUUAGCAUCUCUUUAGUGUAUUUUCCCUAUCUUAGUCAUGUAUUUCACACUAUGUGUUCAUCUGAACUGCCAGCUCCCCAUUCGGGAGUGCCGCCACGAGGGGCUCCAUUCACCUCCCAAAGGGGGACCACCACAAAACCCCAUUUAUAAUGUUGAUACAGAACGUUCACACCUCACAAACCGCAUAGGAAGCCUCGGCACGUAGCUCCCCCUGGGUGGCAGCCCAUUCGUUAGACGAACGCCAUCCAGGGGGAGCAUUCGUGGAUUGCUUCCCACCUCGUUCCUGAACGAGGACCUCCCCGGCACCCAUUGGAAUGUUCACACCAAUCAAUUAGAACGUUGGAAACUCACAACAUAGUGUGAAACCGCAAGGGAAGUAAUUAAUGAGUGCUUCUCUGGGUGGCCGCUGUUCGUACAGAUGAACGUCGGCCAGGGGGAGCAUUCACGUCCCGAAAGGAGACACUUCCCUUGCCAGGAUUCACACAGGGACCACACAAACAGUGGCUGUUCAUGAUGGUUACCGUCCCUGAGAUUGGUGGGGACAUCCUUUGGGGACAAUGGUGGAGGUUGGCAGGUUCUCUGUCACUGGGAGGUAAAAUGGCAGGACGUUUCCCGCACUACAGAGAUUUCUGGGAAGAAGACCCCUGGGAGUGCCCUGGGAGGGGGACACUGAGUGGCAGGAACAGGGGACAAAGGGACUGGAGCUUCGGAUCCACCCCAUGCAUGGGGAAAGUAUAAAGCCGAGUGGGGCCAAGAAAGUUGUUGUACUCCUGGAACUGUUUGUCGUCCAGUUACGGGGGGGGAGGGGGGAUGGGUCUCUUCAUUCAUUAAAAGCGGAGGUAACCAGCCGGGUUACCCAGGGUCCACUACAGAUAGAUAGAUCUGCAACACCGUAUACACAAUGUUUAUUCAUAUCUGUAUAGAGGUAGUGGGUUAUACAAUCACAGACUGCUAUUUAUGCUUGCGCUGGUGAUGACUGUAUUAUACUGAAUUUUUUUUCUUUUUUGUUAUGUUAUCAAAAGGAUUCCUUAAUAAUUAAUCUAAAUAAGUUUCGCCAUUGCCAAUUUGCAAAGUAAUAUUUUUUAAUACAUACUAUAACAUACAGAAUUAUUAUUAUUUUAAUUAGUUUUCUUGAUAUCAUUAUGGUUCUAUUAACCUACUUUGAAGAAUAAAGAAGUAAAAUAAGCAUGAGGUUUAAUCGGACAGACUGUAAUGCCAGCAUCUUCGAUACUACAUGACUUUUUAACUCCAAUGUAAACUUCAAAAUCCACCUGACAUUUGCAAUGGGGGUCAAAAGAUUUUCUAAAUCAUUUUUAUGAGUAAGGAACAAACAUACAUAAAAUGAAAUAUAGAUUUGCUUCACUUCAACGCCUUUGAAAUUACUGGAUUAUUGAUUUUUUUUUCAAAUACGAUUCUGUAUUGCAGAUGUUUGUUCAGAUUCUACGAAUAAACCUUACUGAUCUGUUGCUGAAAAAGAAGAUUGAUGGAGAAAUGUAUCGAAACAUACUUAGGACACAAGAGGCAGUAAGAGUUCAUAUUGCUACAAUACCUUAUUACUAUUUACUAAGAUGUCUAAUUUGCUUGGAAAUUAAUUGAUCAUAACUGGCUUGCGUACAAGGAUUUUCCUGGUGUCAAGGUACCUCCCCACUGUUGGACGCAUCGAUAAUGCACAAUCAAACCUUCCUUGAUAUUAGUUGUCAAUUUUGUGUAGCCAGGAUGACAUUGAUUGACUGAGAAUGCUAGAGGCAUUUAAAAAUACAAAUAAAAAAAAUAGACAAACACAUAAUUUCUAAAUUUUUGCAUUUAGCACUAGUUGUAAUUAUUUUAAAAUAGUGGAUUUUUAAAACAUGUCAUUACUGCACAAGCGCAUUUACAAAAUAGACCUGUUUAGGAAAAUGGCUCAUGUAACAUUAUAAUUCAAUGACAUGUGUUCUUUACUGCUAUUGAUAAUUUCUAUCAGUACCUAAACUAUUUUUCAAAGGAGGACAGAUUUAAUCAAUAAAUUGAUUAUUAGUGAUGUCCCGAACGGUUCACCGAACAGUUCGCGAACGGUUCACCACAGACUCAUCAUUGAGUAAACUUUGACCCUGUACCUCACAGUCAGCAGACACAUUCCAGCCAAUCAGCAGCAGACCCUCCCUCCCAGACCCUCCCACCUCCUGGACAGCUCACUAAGAAUGCAGCUUCACAAUGAAUGUAAAAUGGAUGCUGUCAGGGCCGGUGCAAGGAUUUUUUGCCGCCCUAGGCAAAAGUAAAGUUUUGCCCCGUGACAUCACAAUGCCCCACCCAUAUGACCUGCCAUGUUAACUAGUGCUGCAGUGCUGCAGUGCCGCUGUGUUUACAUUAAAAGGCCUGCAGGGACAGGCUAUAGACACCAGGACCACUACAUUAAGCUGCAGUGGUUCUGGGGACUAUAGUGUUUCUUUAAUGUGAGGUAAAUUAGAGAUUAGUGCCACGAAUAAUAUACUAGAUUACCUACUUACAAGCAGAUGAGGAUGAUGAUGGGCUCUAGCUGCAGUCUGGCUCCACUGGUCUGGUGUAUAACAGGAUCUCUGGAGGCUGUUUGUAACUGUGGUCACAAAAAUCAAUGUUCUGGGAGAACAAGAAGCAGCUCCAUUUUUUGGGUGCCCUUUACACAGCUCAAGGUCUGGGUCCCAGGGUCCACCUUCAUGUUCCACCAAUGAGUUUGUUCACAGGGGGUGGAGUGUGUAGGGGAUGUCCUGAUUUGUGUGUAAGGAAUGCAUUGUGUGAAUCUGUGUUUGUAUGUGUAAGGGCUGCAAGGUGUGUUUCUGUGUAUGUAAGGGAUGAAGUGUGUGAGUUUGUAAGGGGUGCCUAGUCUGCCUUACAGGUAGCGCCGGCCCUGGAUGCUGUCCAGGAGGUGGGAGGGUCUGGGAGGAAUCGUCUGCUGCUGAUUGGCUGGAAUGUGUCUGCUGACUGUGAGGUACAGGGUCAAAGUUUACUCAAUGAUGAGUCCGUGGCGAACCGUUCGUGACGAACCGUUCGGCAAACCGUUCGGAACAUCACUAUUGAUUAUUUGUAGUGGCUAACGGGUAAAUCGGAAUAGUUGGCACAAUCAGGGGUUUUCCCCACACAGAUUUAAUUUGGCUCAUUUUUCUUUUCGUACUUGUGGCUAGAUAAUAGAUGUUCCCCAUGACUGUAUUGUGUAACCCAAACAAAAUAAUUGAUAAUAACCAGUAAGACUAUUUCACUAGGGGAAGUGGCUUGGGAUUGAAAACUGUCAACAGAAGUAUUUCCAGUGGUUCGGAAUGGGCCUAUAAGGUGUGCUUCCAUUGGAGGUUCAAAUAAUAUAUUCUACUACCAAUCCACUGAAUGCAAGCCCAUUUCUAAAGGACCUAAUAAAACGCGUACAAUCUAGUCUUUUUAUAGUUCAGCAAAGGAUAGAAAAUUAUUUACACCUGUUUAUGUUAGAUGCCAGGCUACAGGUUAAAUCAGUGGUUUCUGUUUGGAGUAGAAAGAUACAUUAAUAAUAUAGUAGAAUGAGUUUGCAAAUUCCCCCUAUUUAUGUCUCUGUCCCUUUAUCUUUAAACAAUGUAUCUUGUUCUCUACAGGAACUGAAGGAACUUGAAGAACGUUAUCGAUCAAGGGUGACUUCUACCAAGCUGGUCAGAGGACAAAAUCCCAAGGUCCAAACUAUGGAGGACAUUGAACGAAAAGAACGAGAAUACUCAGAUCACCUCAUUCAGAUUGUAAAUUUAUCCAUGUAUAUUUAUUUUUACUAACCUUUCAUUAUGAAAUUGUAGGAUAAGUGAAACAUAUAGACAACAAAGAUCCAAGAAGGCUUUUCAUUCGUUGCCUACUCCAUUUUUUCAAUUCAUUUUUCAGUUAUCACUUUUUUUUUGUUACAGAAAGAAAACGGAACAAGGAGUUUUACUUAUCAGAUUGCACGAUUUUAUAUUCCCCCUGGGGAUUGCAUUUCCAUAUUAUAUAUAAUGUUAAUUUCUAAGCAGAUGCUUUGAACCAGUGCACACAUGUUGUGUUGUAAGAUUGUUCUCAUCUGUGCAGACAGGUCAAAAAACAGUUUUACCAAAAAAAAAAAACGUCUUUAAAGAUUUUUGUCAGACCUGGCUUUGCUAUCUGAAUGGAAAUGUUUAAUAGACAAAUUACACUAGAUUAUCAAGCUGUGACAUUUUCAAUUCCUACUAAUAGAUUGUUCUGUGCGUUUUAAAACACCUACUAACAUUUGGGCAUGUUUUUGAUCUUUUGUAGAUCGAAAGUUUUUGGAAGCAAAUUGAGAACGUACACCAAUUCUUUAUGGACCAAGCAAAGUGCACGUAUGAUGAAGCUGGAAGAAUAAUGACAAAUCUGAUUUCCAAAAUGUUAAUUGUUGACAAAAUCCUGUGUGAAUCCCAGGAAAUACAGGCAAUGGUAAAGUAUAUCAGCUAACCAGCACAGUAACAAUAUGUGCUUUAUUUAUGUAAACUACGAGGGUCCAAUUUACUAUAAGAUACUGAUACACAAAAGAUUAUAUUUUUAAAUCAUAAGCAUCUACUAAAAACAUAUGUAAAAUACCCUGUGUCACAAUACAACUAGAAAAAGAAGACUUUCCGUUUAGUGUCUAGAAGUCUUCUGCUGAUUUCCAUCACUUUUUUUACCGUAGGCACAUUUUUUUCAAAAUCCAAAGUGUCUGUAGGUUUAAUAAAGAAGUGUAUUUAACCCCUUAAGGACCAAACUUCUAGAAUAAAAGGGAAUCAUGACAUGUCAUACAUGUCAUGUGUCCUUAAGUGGUUAAAGGACCACUAUAGUGCCCUGCGUGUGCCCCCACCCUCAUGGCCCCCCUCCUGCCGGGCUGAAUUUGGAGGAAGGGGUUAAAUCACUUACCUUUAUCCAGCGCUGGGUUCCCUCGGCGCUGGACUCUCCACCUCCUUUGGACAUUAUUGGCUGAAUGCAAGAUCCGGCAAGAUCCGCACCUGCAUUCAGUCAGUCCAUAGGAAGGUAUUCUCUCUGAAACUGCUAUGUUUACAGCAGGCAGGAUUAACCCUAGAGGGACCUGGCACCCAGACAACUUCAUUAAGCUGAAGUGGUCUGGGUGCCUAUAGUGGUCCUUUAAGUAUGUUGUCAUUACCACAAAAAUGUUGCUUAUUCCUGUGAACAGGAUUGUCCACCAGAAACAUAUAGGGAGAUAGACCACAUGCUUUCCAAGUUCUUUUGUUUUUCUUGAGAGCCAAUGCCAAAGGUCUCGGUGAGUUCUUUGUUCCCAAUAAACCACUUCUGUACAGAAAUAGGAAUAGGAGACAUAUGUGUGUUAAAAUGCUUGAUAUGGUUUCUGUCUAUAGACAGAGCAGGGCCCUCUUCAACCUAUUGUCCCUAUAAGUUUUUUUGUAAUGGUCUCAUUUAUUGUUAAAUCUCCCCCUUUGAUAAUAUUUUCAAGCGCUACGGAAUAUGCUGGCGCUAAAUAAAUAAAAUAAUAAUAGUAUUAACUGAAGGUAAACCUUUCUUCUCAUGAUGCAAUGUCUUAACAAAACGUUAGCAAAUUGUGUUUACCUUUCUCUGUUGACAUACUGAUGUUAAUGAUGUUCAUACCUUCAAUAGAACGUAAGAAUUCACAAAAAUAUUUUUUAUUAUCAAAUUGUAAAAAUGUAGUUGUAAACGGUGAUGCAGAUUUCUCGUGUAUUUUAAAAGGAACUCCAAGAGAAAAUGAUCAGUUGGGAAUAUAUGGCAAAGGUGGUCGAGUCUUUGAAAUUCCAGAUUCAGAAAGAAAGUGAAUGCAGACUGAAUGCCGUCUCUAAAACCUUGGAACAUUUAACUGCGAAGAAAAGAAUAUCAAUGAGACAGAAGGAGAAGCUGUUCACUGAACUUUCUGAAGCUUUCCUGGAAGAAGUAACUCAGUUUAACAAUGGUGAGUAACAGGACUGCAUCCAUGUCUAAUGUUUACAUUUUGUCAUGCCAGGUCAUGAGUUCGAAACCAUGCUGUCUCCAGGCCUGUUAUGUACUAAGCUUCAGAAUCCUCAAAUUGAGCUGAUAUUUGUGAUGCUUCCACUGCAGAAUCUGAUGUUGGUGCCUUUAACAUAACUGAUUACACUUUGUCAUCUAGAUGUCCACCACAGAUAAAUAGACCACUUUAGACAACUCACAGCUUGACAUAGAGUCAACAGAGUUCAUAUUUAAACUUUCAAAUAUGUAUUUAUUUAUUUAAUUUUGAUUGAAAAUAAAUAUAUAUUUUUUUUUCACUAGAGGCAUGGUGAGGGGUAGCUGUAAACAUUGCCAUUUUCCUGAAACAGCAAUGUUGUUUUGGUACUUUAAGGGGCAGUAAGGUGUGACAUAUUUUAGAUAAGAGUAAAUGUGCAUCCUAUUUACAUAUUGGAUUAGAUGCAGUUUAGAUUCAUUGAUGCUUGUAGUUUUCCUAUUUUGUCCUCUGGUACACGUUCUAUUUUAUUUCUAUUAUACUGAAAUCAAAGCUUGAGCCAUUAUCUGUAUUAUACUAUUAAUAUUAUAUAGAGUACAGCCAGUAACAUGAAGCGGAGUACUGGUUACAUAUUAAUGGAGAUAAUUUUAGAAAUGUAUUAGCAGAGCAAUAAUUAUGUCUGUGACUUUAACUCUCUUUUUUUUCUACUCUUAAUUGCUUUAAACUUUCUUCAUUUCUCUCUAUCAUUCAGUUUUCUUUUUUUUUUUUUUUUUAACAAAUUUUUCCUAAUUUUUUCCAUUUUUUUCUCAUUCUUUACAUUGCCAUUUUAUUUCAUUGCUUCUGCUUUUUUUUUUUUUUGUCCUCCGUUUUUCCCCGUGGUGUAUUAUUUUUACCAUUUCAUUUUUUUAUGAUUUUAAUGUUUAAAUUCCACACUUGUAUUUAUUCUUCCAUGUGUUGCUUCUCUCUCCUCCUUGUACAUACUUACAGAGAAGUGUUUCCUUUUUGGGGGCACCUUAGUUCUACAACAUUACCCUUGUUGUAGAACUAAAGCAAUUUAUAGAACACUAAGCAAUAUAACCAUUACAGCUCAGUGUAGUGAUUAUGUUGUAUGGCAUCCCAUUAUCACUUCUCCCUCAGCCACACUGUUAAUGUGGAAUUUAAUAAUAAUUAUAAUAAUGAUGAUGAUGAUAAUUUCACAUUAUCGCUGACAAUUUCGGCCAUCCUGGACAGAGAUAAUUGGCUGAGAUUGCUUGGGGUGAGUUAGCUCAGCAUUCUCAGCUGUUGUGGUUAUGUUGUUUAGAAUGUCCAUCCACAUAUCAAAAUAGGUCCACGUAGUCUGAACUGGACUGCCCUCUGCAUUCAGCUCUGUGAGAGAUAAAGUAAUGGUGCCAAAUAAUUUCAUGUAACAUCGGUCUGCCCAAGAUUAGCGUGAGCUACACUCCCAAAUGGUACCUGCUGUCACUUUAAUGAUGGAAGCUGAAAUGGCUGCUGCUUGGGGCUGUAACUCUUACUAAUCUAAGGCACCACUGGGACGGUAACGUUUUUCUUAACCCGUACACUACACAUUCUACCCCACAUCACCCUAAACAAUAUACUAUACAUUAACCCAUACACUACACAUUGUACCCUACAUUACCCUAAACAAUAUACUAUACAUUAACCCAUACACUACACAUUGUACCCUACAUUACCCUAAACAAUAUACUAUACAUUAACCCAUACACUACACAUUCUACCCUACAUUACCAUAAACAGUAUACUAUAUAUUAAUUAACCCAUACACUACACAUUCCUACCCUACAUUACCCUAAACAAUAUACUAUACAUUAACUCCUACACUUCAUAUUCUAUCUUACAUUACCAUAAACAAUAUACUAUACAUUUACUCAUACACUACACAUUUUAUCCUACAUUACCAUAAACAAUAUACUAUACAUUAACCCAUACACUACACAUUGUACCCUACAUUACCCUAAACAAUAUACUAUACAUUAACCCAUACACUACACAUUGUACCCUACAUUACCCUAAACAGUAUACUAUACAUUAACCCAUACACUACACAUUGUGCCCUACAUUACCCUAAACACUAUACUAUACAUUAACCCAUACACUACACAUUGUACCCUACAUUACCCUAAACAAUAUACUAUACAUUAACCCAUACACUACACAUUGUACCCUACAUUACCCUAAACAGUAUACUAUACAUUAACCCAUACACUACACAUUGUGCCCUACAUUACCCUAAACACUAUACUAUACAUUAACCCAUACACUACACAUUGUACCCUACAUUACCCUAAACAGUAUACUAUACAUUAACCCAUACACUACACAUUGUGCCCUACAUUACCCUAUACACUAUACUAUACAUUAACCCAUACACUACACAUUGUACCCUACAUUAUCCUAAACAAUAUACUAUACAUUAACCCAUACAUUACACAUUGUACCCUACAUUACCCUAAACAGUAUACUAUACAUUAACCCAUACACUACACAUUGUACCCUACAUUACCAUAAAUACUAUACUAUACAUUAACCCAUACACUACACAUUGUACCCUACAUUACCCUAAACACUAUACUAUACAUUAACCCAUACACUACACAUUGUACCCUACAUUACCCUAAACAGUAUACUAUACAUUAACCCAUACACUACACAUUGUACCCUACAUUACCCUAAACUAUACUAUACAUUAACCCAUACACUACACAUUGUACCCUACAUUACCCUAAACACUAUACUAUACAUUAACCCAUACACUACACAUUGUACCCUACAUUACCCUAAACACUAUACUAUACAUUAACCCAUACACUACACAUUGUACCCUACAUUACCCUAAACAGUAUACUAUACAUUAACCCAUACACUACACAUUGUACCCUACAUUACCCUAAACACUAUACUAUACAUUAACCCAUACACUACACAUUGUACCCUACAUUACCCUAAACAAUAUACUAUACAUUAACCCAUACACUACACAUUGUACCCUACAUUACCCUAAACACUAUACUAUACAUUAACCCAUACACUACACAUUGUACCCUACAUUACCCUAAACAGUAUACUAUACAUUAACCCAUACACUACACAUUGUGCCCUACAUUACCCUAUACACUAUACUAUACAUUAACCCAUACACUACAUUGUACCCUACAUUAUCCUAAACAAUAUACUAUACAUUAACCCAUACAUUACACAUUGUACCCUACAUUACCCUAAACACUAUACUAUACAUUAACCCAUACACUACACAUUGUACCCUACAUUACCCAUAAACACUAUACUAUACAUUAACCCAUACACUACACAUUGUACCCUACAUUACCCUAAACAAUAUACUAUACAUUAACCCAUACACUACACAUUGUACCCUACAUUACCCUAAACACUAUACUAUACAUUAACCCAUACACUACACAUUGUACCCUACAUUACCCUAAACAGUAUACUAUACAUUAACCCAUACACUACACAUUGUACCCUACAUUAUCCUAAACAAUAUACUAUAUAUUAGCUCAUACACUACAUUGACACACUACACUCCCCCUUACAUUACUCUAAUACGCUACACUAUAUAUAGAUAAAUAGAUAGAUAUAAAUUAAUACAUUCUUUAACAAUUUUAUGUACAAGCUGCAUGUACAAGCUGCGUUGUUUUUUUUUAUUUUUUUAUUUUUUUGCUAAAGUGGGAAUUGUAAAGAGCUGACACUGAUACUGCAAUUGUUUUUGGCCUAAGAUAGCCAAAUUGAUGUAAAAAUAAUCACAAACAAUAAACUGUACUUCCUGUUCAGAUAUCUUAACCUUUCGCGUUGGUCAGUGUAUAUUGUACUCUUCUUCCCCAGUUGUACAAUGCUGCAAAUUACCGCUAUGUUGUUGUUAUAAAUGCCAGUAAUAAUAAGAAGAAUCUUGCUAUAUUCUUGACCGUGAAGAGAACGAAAGUGAACAUUACCACGUACCUAUUUUUAGAUCUGAGAUUUCCUUUGUCCACAGUAAUCUUUUGCUGUGAAAGUACUUUAAUUUGUCAAAAUAUUACUAUAAAUAGAAACAUCAGUGGCUCCUGACGUGUCUAAGAGCAAUGCGAAAACGAAAUUGCUACUACGUCGCGUGACCUUCAACUUCUAUCAUUUUCACAUAUACAGGAGCGCUGUGAAGGCUCACCAUGAGGACACAACCAUUGCUUAAGUGGAAUUAACUGGGGUCACUGUCUUCCUGUGUGUGCCUGCGUGCAUUCGUAUAUACACUAUAAUAUCGAAUAAAUAUAUAUAUAUAUAUAUAAAGCAUUUACUAAAUAUUACCAUUAACACUUUAAUAUUCCUAAUAGAAUCUUAUGCUGUUACACCCCUCUUUGAUUGUUUGAGUUUUCAUGCCACAAUCUAAUGCAUGUUGUUUGUGUUGUGUGCACACACUGUUUGGUGUUAUUUCUUUGUGGGUAAGCUUGGCUAAUCUAUUGGAUCAUAACAUAGCAAUGCAUGGCCACAUAGAAACAUAGAAUGUGACGGCAGAUAAGAACCAUUUGGCCCAUCUAGUCUGCCCAAUUUUCUAAAUACUUUCAUUAGUCCCUAGCCUUAUCUUAUAGUUAGGAUAGCCUUAUCCCUAUCCCACGCAUGGUUAAACUCCUUUAAUGUGUUAACAUCUACCACUUUUGCUGGAAGGCUAUUCCAUGCAUCCACUACCCUCUCAGUAAAGUAAUACUUCCUGAUAUUAUUUUUAAACCAUUGUCCCUCUAAUUUAAGACUAUGUCCUCUUGUUGUGGUAGUUUUUUUUUCUUUUAAAUAGUCUCCUCCAUUACUGUGUUGAUUCCCUUUAUGUAAAGUCACACUUUGAAUACAUUGUAACAAAUCAUUGAUUAUUGGUUUUCGGAGCCACCACAUAACCAACUAUAGAAAGCACUCAUGGUGUUUCCAUUAAAACCAUCCUUUAUUUGAAUACUAGAAUAUUACAACUAUGGCUUUGAGGGAAAGUUAAAAACUAAAGGAAAAAAAAUGCAAAGUAACCUAACACAAGGUACAUUUUGAAGGCUGUUCCCCAUUCAAUGAUCACAGCAACUACUCAAAUAAAACUUCCAUUUAUUAGCUCUAUUAAAUGUUCCUUAUGUGUUAUGCUUUGGUUAUGCAUUUUCCCAUAACUUCUCGUUUUUGUGUUUACUCUAUUUUGUCGUAUUGUAAUUGUGACUGUCACUGGUAAUGUCAAGAUUUGAACAUCUGAUACUUUUUGUGUUGAGAAGUACUAGGGUCAAAGACACUGGCUGAGGCCUCUUUGUUCUGUGUAUCCCUUGCAGGAUCUUGUUAAUUGAUAGUAUUUUUCUAAUGUCGAAAAGGAGAUCUCACACGCGCCUCCCUGAUACAGUCAGCAUGGUAGGAAUUGUUGUACCUAACUUUUAUUAUUUACUUGAUCUUGUCCAAAUUAUUCUUCAUCUUUCCAGUGAGUUAAAAUAUGAUAGCUCAGUGCUGUCUGUGUCACCUGGUUUAAUAUCUGAUUAGGGUGUGAGGUUCCCAAACACAUCUGUGCAGAUUUUAUUUUAAAUUUUUUAUUACAUUUUGUUUUAGUGGUUUGCACUGUGGGAUUUGCAACUUUUCUUUUUGAUUAUGUUCUUGAAAAUGUUAUUCGUUUUUGCAAUCUUCUCUCAUAUUUUUAGAACAGUUUUUCAGACUAGGCAGUCUCCUAAACGUAAUCGGUACAGCUCACUCUUGUGAUUUUGCUACCUAGAGUUUGUGAUUGUGAGUAUCCUCUCCUGUUUUUGUGACAUGCUGUACGGGCUCUCCCCAUCACCCAAUGGCCUUAAUAUUUCUAGCCAAAUCGUGACAGUGUCUAAUUUUACACUUCACUUUAAAUGAUGCUAAAAAAAAUUAAUCUUGAAAUAUGGUUGGCUUCACACAAGCAAAAUAUUUACUUAUUAAGUCAAGGUGAUUAAAUGAUACAGUAUUUUGAUUUCUCUCCCCAGCUCUAUAGAAAAUAGGAGACAGUAUUUUAUUUCCAAACUUUAAACUGGCAAAUUUAAUAUGCACCUCCGUUACAACUGCAGAUGCGAAAUGCCUGAUUUGUUUACAAUAUUCCAUGGGCAUCUAAAUGUUGCUAAUUUAAACAUGCAUAGCUGACUUAGCAUGAAGGAGACCGCAUUUUGACUAAUGCCAGCGUAGACCUCUUGUUCUAGGCCCUUGUCACAGCUAAUUAAAGCAUUUAAAUUGGAUGAGUACAUUGCUAGUAAAAAGCAUCACAGACACACUGAAGGCCGAUUCAGCCAAAUAAACAAUAUUCGUUUAACCAUAACUGGUGCAAAGAAGCAAGAAGAGCUUUUGCCCAAGUGGGUCCAAUUACAAGGACCUCCAGGAAUAUCCCCUAAUGAGCUUAGUCACUGUAAAUCCCCCCACUAGAUGAACUGGAUACAAUUUCCACUUGAAAGAAUGCCCAGUGAUGUAAGCUACUGCAACCCAACCCCUUGGGCAGAGGAUUACGAACUCUACAAGCGAUAAGCCUUCUCUAACCCAGCUAAAGGAAUUACAUCAAAACCCAUUUAAAUAAGUGAGCCAGACAAGCAGCAUACAAUCAAUACAUCUCAUUAAACAAGAGGCCAACCUGUUAACCCUUCAACCACCGAAAGUUGGACAGUGAUCAGAACCGAAAGUAUUGGUGGAUUUCAUUAAAUGCCAGAAAAACUGUGUGGUAGAAAAAACAACAACAUAUGUUCGGUACAUGGUUUGUGCACAAUGUAUAGAUUACAUGUACACAAAUCUUGUUAGGUCAAGCCAGUGCACAUUAGCUUAGAAAUUUACCUUGCUGUUGGCACACAGUAGCUCAAUCGUCUAGUCCAGGGUAGGCAACCUUUCAGUAGGGCUGUGCUUAAACAAGAUCUUGACGUGCCGGUCCUAUUUUUUUUAAAUUGAGGUGUGUAUGUUGCCGUGUCGUGCUUGUGUUAUUAUUAUUGUAUUAUGGGUGCUGCAGUUGCUUUGUAGCAUUGUAUUUGUGUGUAUGUGGGUUAUUAUAUAUGUUCAUGAGUAGUUUGUGGUAUUGCAUAUGAUCUAACGUCCCACUGGGACUCCUAAUAGGUCAGAGCCUGUUUGGCACUGUCAGCCUUGAGUUCCAUCCUAUGGUACCUCGUGUGUCAUAGGUUGCUGAAUUCGUCUAGUUCAUUCAGGUGCCCAAAAGUGACGUGUACUUUCACCUACCUACGUGUUACAAGUCCCUACACCCAUCAGUGUAGAUUUUAGAAUCCUUUUCUAUUUUUAAACCCUUAAUAAAAUGAAGUUUUGCAAAAUCCUCCAAAAUAAAUAUUAAAGGGAUACUAUAAGCAUCACACAACGUUAGUUUAAAGAAGCAGUUUUGGUGUACAGAUCGUGCCCUUGCAAGCUCACUGCUCAGUUAUCUACAAUUUAGGAGUUAAAUCACUUUGUUUAUGCACCAUAGUCAUACCUCCCUGCAUGUGACUUGCACAGCCUCCCUAAACACUUACUCAAAAGAAAUCUAAAUAUUUUGUUAUUUUAUUGCACAGUCUAUUUAAUCUAGAAUUUCUCCUGCUCUGUUAAUAGCCUUCAAGAGCCUGCAGAAGCCUUCUUCAUGUGAUUAAAGUUCAAUCAACAGAGCAGAAGAUAAAAUCUUCUAAAACAUGUUAACAUCUGAUUGAAAAUAAAACAAUUGUUUUCAUGCAGGCUGAGUGAGUCAGAGCCAGGGGAGGGCUGGCGAGGGCUGCAUUAACGAAAGCAAAAGUGAUUUAACUCCUAAACGGCAGAGAAGUGAGCAGUAAGACUACAGGGGCAUGAUCUAUACACCAAAACUGCUUAGUUAAACUAAAGUUGUUUUGAUGCCUAUAGUAUCCCUUUAAUAAUAUAAGUAUGACUUUUAAUGUCAAGAUCAGCCAUCUUGACUAUCAAAUAUUUAUUUACUUUCUAUUUUCGAUUAGUUAAUCACAACAUUAAGUAAUUUUUUGGGGGGAAAUACAAUUGUAGAAUUCUGUAAAAGUGGGGAUUUGUGAAGUGACUUAGGAGAUCAUUAAUUUAGCUUUUUUUUCUUUCCGGAUGAAGGCACUUAACUUGGUGACUUAAAAUGUGACAGCUCACUGCUGUCUGUGGCAGGCAGAUGCACAGCUCAAUGCACUGCUGAGCCUUUCUCUGCAUCACAGUUUCAAUGUAUUGUUCACAGCAUCGCCUAUUAUUCGGGGGAGCUCGGAUGCUUGUGUUCUUCCUGCCUUUGGCAUUUAUUGUCAGCCGCUUUGACACACUAAAUAUGAUGGAAAAAUAUAUAUAUAUAUAUUUUUUUAAAUAAAACAUUUUUAUUUCUUCAAUUUUUUUGUGUUAAAUGUUAUAGACAUACAUAUUUCUACAUGUGAAGCAAAAAAAGUAUAAUAUAUAUAUAGCUUUACUACUACAAUUUUUGUAAUCUAUAGUAUCUGGUCUGUGGUGGAAACGGUCACCUGCUGUUUCAUCGUCUGGAUCAGCUUUGUUAAAUCUGUUUGGUUUCUCUUCGACUGUCACUUCUGCAUCUAAAUUUUAGCCAGGCUGCAUGCUGUUUUCGAUAGAAAUCUCACGCUGAGUUUUUACUGUGUGUCAUUUAAUGUAUCCUGGUUUAAGUUCAAACUGAAGCAUAUAGCCAUAGAUUUCUGUAGCCUUGUAGAGCACUUCAGGGAGAGGGAGAGGGAGAUUCAUUCCAAUAGACCCUAACUUUGAUUCCAAGUGAAGAUGUAUCAGGAGUAUUCUUGGAAGUCUCAAAUCUGGGGAUAAGUCGACACAAUCAUCUAGGGAUGCGGCUUCCUAAGAAUACUUUUGACAUACACCGACUGUUAGAAUGUAGUCUGAAUAGGUUGACUGGGUCGAUAAACACCAACCUCUAGCUCUCAUAAAAAGAAUCCUAUGGAAAGUGCAUUUAUAAAGUAUCCAGCAAUUUCAAUUGUUGUAUUAAGUUUUAAUUUCCCCUGAGACCAUGGUGAUGUUUGUGAAGAAAGAAAAACAAAGUGCACUGGUAUAACUAGGGUUUUUUCCUCUUAUUAUAGUUGUGUGACUAUGACUUUCUUGCAAUUAGUUUUAAUCUCUUUCAAAGUUAUUUAUCUUCCUUAAAUAUUGUCAUUUUGUGGUGCUGGUGGGCUCACCUCUCAUUUAAGUUAUCCUUUAAUCAUAGGUUAUAAGUAACUAUGUGGAUGUAUCUUGUAUGUGAAAGAAGAUCCUGUGGACCUCAGAUGACCCAAGAUCUUAGUGCAUUAUAAGACAUUCUCACCCAUGACACAAUUCCCUCUGUUGGAAGUUGGGGGGAGAAGAUGGUGCCAGACAAAUUGACAGUCCGGUAUCGAGUUUGGGUGCACAUACAAUUUACAUAUUUCACCAGAGUUUUAUAACAGAGUGCAGAGCUUUGAUCUCUGGAUGACGUUUUUGUAGUUGUACUGCUAUCUUCCAGCUUGCAAUAUUUAAUACCAUUCAAUGUGUACAUGUUGUUAUUCUUUGGACAUACAAACAGGACUUGUAUAUAAGUUAUACAAUGUAUUUUUCAGACAGCCUAAUGCAAACCAAGUCCCUCGUUACCAAACAGUUGGAACUCAGACGCAAGCUCCUGGACAUCCUUCAAAAAUCCCAAAAAGAAGAACGACAAACUUUCCUCACCAAAGCUCAAGAAUCGCGUGAACCAGACAGCUUUAUUAAGGUAUUUAGCUUUAGCUUUGCUGACAGGUUUCUGUAUUAUCCUGUAAAAUAAACCGAUUUAACCUGUCUGUCUCCCCUGAUUAGGAGUACCAUAAGCUCUUGGAAAAACAGCGUGAGCUUCUCUGUGACCUGGAAGAUGAAGAAGACAGUAAAACCGUUGACUCUGUGGUUGACUUAUGCAAGGUAAUUGUUUGGUUCACUUUUAAGUAUUAACAUUGUUUGGUUAUUGUAUUUUUAUUUUUUUUUACUUUUGGGCGCUUGAGAUUUCAACACUGUUCUUCUAUGCCCAAUUUCUUACCGAAUACCUUUUAGGAGUAUAUGAAUUUUUAGAGCAUUCUGAAACAUGGUGGAAUAAUGCGGGUGCAACAUUCCCUAGCCACAGACAUUACACUGGGAGAGGUGACAGGACCAGGAAAUUGACCAUUUCCCUCAUAUUUUGCAACACAACCGAACGGAGCAAGGAAAGUAGUAAAAUAUAGUCCCUACACCCAUCAGUGUAGAUUUUAGAAUCCUUUGUUAUUUUUAAACCCUUAAUAAAAUGAAGUUUUGCAAAAUCCUCCAAAAUAAAUAUUAAAGGGAUACUAUAAGCAUCAACACAACGUUAGUUUAAAGAAGCAGUUUUGGUGUACAGAUCGUGCCCUUGAAAGCUCACUGCUCAAUUAUCUACAAUUUAGGAGUUAAAUCACUUUGUUUAUGCACCAUAGUCAUACCUCCCUGCAUGUGACUUGCACAGCCUCCCUAAACACUUACUCAAAAGAAAUCUAAAUAUUUUGUUAUUUUAUUGCACAGUCUAUUUAAUCUAGAAUUUCUCCUGCUCUGUUAAUAGCCUUCAAGAGCCUGCAGAAGCCUUCUGCAUGUGAUUAAAGUUCAAUCAACAGAGCAGGAGAUAAAUUCUUCUAAAACAUGUUAACAUCUGAUUGAAAAUUUAUCUUUUUUAAUCUAUUUCUAGGUGUGACAGCUUGUACUACUAGUCCUAGCACAAAAUACCUUUAGCAGUCAUGCUGUAAUUUAAGUGAUGCUUAGCCAAACUGGUGGCUAAUGGUCUUUUUGUUGGCUUGUCAUUAUGCAAAUCUGUAGCAACCAGGCUAUGAAAGGUAGCCUACAAUCAAAUCCAUGGAUUUGUAAUGUUUAUUUAUUUUAAUUUUUUUGUCUUUCCAGGAUUUAUAUACAGGGGCUUCACAGAAAUUUGAAAAAUUAGUUAAAGCAUUGUUUCUUCAGACACUCCCUGAAAUGACCAACAUGAAUUUGCGAGAGUGUGAAAGUCUCAAACAGGAAUUAAAAAAUAAUCUGUCUGGCGAGCUGGAAAAAGCUGAAAAUGAACGGAAAACCAGGAUCAAGCUCUUUCAGGAAAUACUGAUGCAAGAGAAACAGGUAGAUUGAAUGUACCACUGUGCAAUGCUUUGUAACGUAUUUAUUACGGCGUUAAAUUCUCUCGUAGGAAUGGCUAAGCUUUGCAUGCCAGUCGAUGUAGUGACUAACCUGAGGUUAAGAUAAUCGCAAAUUCUAGGCCUAAAUAAUGAACAGGACUUUAUAAAAAUGUUGCAACAUCGAAAGGUUUGGCUUUUUGACUUUAGUUCACUAAAUAGCCAUCAAUAUUCAGAUUUAUUCUGAUAUUUUGUUGAUUCAUUGUAAAUAUAAAGGAACACUAUAGGGUCAGGAACACAAACCUGUAUUCCUGACCAUAUAGUGUUACAAACAGCAUCUAGCACCCCUGCGUCCCCUCCUUGCCACCCUAAAUAUAAUAAAAGAUUACCUUUACUUGAAAGACUGCUGCUGCUGGCUCUGUCCCUGUUCUGCCAGAUUGGCUGACAUCACCAGAAGUGAUUCUCUGAGCCAAUCACAAUGCUUUCACAUAAGAGACUGUCAAGGAGGCAGAGCAGGUCCAGAGUCAGCACAAGCCAAACACUAUGGGCACCAGUGAAAUUUUUGUUUUUUACGAACGAGUACGUAUUAAAUGAAAAUUUCAAUCGCCCAGGCCAUAUUCUGUCCGUAAAACAUUUGUUUUUCGGACAAAAUUCUGUAAAACAUAAUUCAUUAUUGUCCAUUACGACAAAAAUAUCACUGUGCGUACGCAAAAAAAAAAGAGGUGAGAGCCAGCAGCGCUACCAGCUCCCUCCUUGUUAUAAUGUUAACAAUUCUUACACCCCCCUCCCCACUGCAUUAAAACCUAAGGAGGUCACUAUGAGUAGGGGCAGCCAGUGGCUGCUUGCUGUCAUUUUAAACUGGAUAUAACUGGAUAUAAAUCAGUAUCUAAUAUAGAGGUGAUAGAGAGCUACGAUAAGAGUAUGUGUAACCAAUAGUUAAAGCAAAAACAAUAACAAUGUUGCAAUAUGAAAAAGUAGCUAUUUAGAUCAGUCUGUGUUACUUUUUCAUUGGUAUUGUUUUUGCCAUGACAAUGAGUGGCUAAACCUGUUUCCCACCCCCCGGCUCCCACCCAUGAGAGGUAGGUUGGGGCCCUAAAUGACAAUAAGGGGGGACCUAUUGUCCCCCCACCCAUGGACGUGAGGUGGGGGCUAAAUAUAAAAAAUACACCCUCCCACAUGUGACUAAGGGUGCCCAAAUCCCUAGUCACCCCCCUUCCCAAUAAAAUUAAACCCUACCUACCCCCUCACCCUAAAAAUAGUGAGGGGGAACAAAAAAACGAAAUACCUGUAAAUAAAAGAAAUGGAUACUUACCAGUAGAUGUCAUCUUUUUUCUUAAAUCUUCUUUUUUCAGCCCCUAAAAAAACCAAAUAAAAAAAAACAUAAUUCCGAUCGAACUUAAAACAAAUUUGCAAUUUGACUCAGAGCACUCUGAUUAAUUGAUUCCAAGCCAACCAAUCAGAGUGCUCUGACAGGUAAAUGAAGAGACUGACCAAUCAGAGUGCUCUGAGUCAAAUUUCAGGGUGUGGGUAGCCUAUAUAAGGCUUCCCCCACCCUGCAAAGCUCAUUCUGCACGGAGCGCACCCUGGGUGAGCAUGGGUUAUUUUUUUUCUGGGUUUUUUUUUUACUUUUUUUUUGCUCUUAGAUUCUUUUUUUAUUUUAACAGUUGCGAUGGGACAAUUAUGGAUUUUUAUUUGGCCUUUUUUGGGGUUGAAGAGAGAAGACAUCCAAUGGUAAGUAUGACAUUUUAUUUUACAGGGUGUUCGUUUAUUGCCUCCCCUUACUUGUUUGGUUAUUGUAUAUUUAUUUUUUUGUACUUUUGGGCACUUGAGAUUUCAACAUCGUUCUUCUAUGCCCAAUUUCUUACCGAAUACCUUUUAGGAGUAUAUUGCAGAGGUGACUUUUUAGAGCAUUCUGAAACAUGGUGGAAUAAUGGGGUGCAACAUUGCAACAAAAGUAUUAAUCAUUUUAAUCUAUUUAUAGGUGUGACAGCUUGUACUACUAGUCCUAGCACAAAAUACCUUUAGCAGUCAUGCUGUAAUUUAAGUGAUGCUUAGCCAAACUGGGUGAGGAGGGUAGGUAGGGUAUUUUUAUUGGGGAGGAGUGACUAGGGGCUUUGGGACCCCUAGUCACUUGAUUAUUUGUGGUCCCCACCUGCCGCCUAUGGGUGGGGACCUGGGGGGACAUUAGGUCCCCACUUUAUUCAUUUAAUUAAUUAGGGUCCCCACCCACCGCUCAUCGGUGGGAGUCUGGGGGGGACAUUAAGUUCCCCCCAUUAUUUAUUUAAUUAGGGUGCCCACCCGCCGCUCAUGGGUGGGACCAGGGGGUCAUUAGGUUCCCCCCUUUAAUUAGGGUCCCUCCAGCUGCUCAUUGGUGGGGAGUGGGGGGGGCUUUUUUUGCUCACUAGUAGACAUGCAAGAUUUUAAUCUCACUUAUGCUAAUAUGGGGGUCAUAUUGACCCUCAUAAAAUGACAUGGGGUGAGUUAGGAAGUGGCGGGCAGCACUGCUCCCUGCUGCUUUUAUUUUCACAUCUUACAAGGAGGGAGCCGCGAGUCGGUAGCUCCCUCCUUGUAAUAAACUAAACGAACUGAAACAAAAAGGUAAUGUAGUCAGCAUUUGCCCUUUUGUUUUGUAUAUAUUUUGUAUGUAGGACUUUUGUUUAUGUUAUAGGAAAUGAAUAUGAAAAAGUCAAACAAUUGGGACAAAAUCGUAUUCAUCCUAAAACGAUUGAACAUGUCUACUAAACACAGUCCUGGCCAAUCCACAUAUAAUCAUAGAGAAAGACUAAAUCAAUGCAUCUCUUUGAGGAAAGUUUAGUGUCUCCAUUCAUAGGAUGGAGACACUGGAUGGCACACACUGUGCAGCACUGCCCCAGAAAGCACCUCUAGCAGCCAUCUGAGGAGUGGCAAGUGGAGGUAUCCCUAGGUUGUAAUGUAAAAAUAGCAUUUUGUCUGAAAUAACUGUGUUUAGUGAAAAUACAAUAAGCUGUAGUUGUUCUGGUAACUAUAGUGCCCCUUCAGUCUAUAUCUUAAAAUAAUUCAGAAUUCUUAUUACUGACAGAGUGUAGAGGCAUUAUCUAGAACGUGUUUUAAGUAAGAAAACAAAGCAUAAAAACCUCUCAUAUCUAAAGCUCACUUACACGUCUUAUACAUACCCUAUAGGUGCAAAGGUAAAAAAAAUUACCAAACAGAGUAAAAAUUGCAACAUUAUUUUAGACGCUCCAACAUUCAUGAUAUAGUACCAGGUGUCACCACAGAACUGUCCUUGGACAGCACAAUACAAGCACAUAAUUAGAUGCUCUUGUGCUGUGCGCGGGCGCCGUGACCCUGCGUGGUGCACAUUACCAGCACUUUCUACAAAGUCCCUUUGGCUGGAGGCAGCCAGACAGGCCUCUUCAGUGGCUGGGACUGCCCAUUAUGGGCGUCACCAGUCGCGCGAGUCACUUGUUGCCAGUGCGGAACCGGUUAAUUAUGAUGCAUUCCUAGCUGUAUUCCUUUUGGUUUAUUUAAGCAUUUCCCUGAGUAACAGGCAAUGCUUUCUGUGCAUGAAGUUGAAAUAUUCUUAAUGAUUGGGAUUGAGGCAGUGCUGAGAAUUCAGCCUGGAAUUGACACAAAGACUGACAUUUCCUUAGCUUGUUUGUCCAAUCAUGUAUAUCACUCUGGGGAGAUUUGUUUUCUGCUAAGUAGCGGAUGAAAUUAAUUAAUAUCUCGGGUGGUGUUAGACGUCACCGAAAAUGUCAGAUGUUACUAAGCAGAAAAAAGCAACCUAUCUUUGCACCUUCCUGUUCUUAAUUAAUAUGAACAGCUGGUAAUAUGGAACCAUUGCUUGGAUGUCAGACUUGAAUCAACAGAGCAUAGAAACCUGUCAAUAUGUUGCUAAAUAACUUUUUAACAAGUUUGAAGUUUUAUGAUCAUUUUAUGUGGAUUCCAGACAAUCUGUAUAAACUCAUUUUAUUGUUGAGAAUUCAAAGUCAAUUUCAAAUAUUCAAAUUGAAAGAGGGUUUCAGCAGUUUAACUGUUGUGAACGAAAAUUUUUAACUAAUGUUUAACAUUGAGUUCAUUAUGAAUUCCUGACAAAUCAUACUUUAGCGAAAAAUCCUGUGUAUACUAAAUUGACUCUUUUUCUUUUGGGUGUACUUGAGCAAAAACAGAUGCCUUCCAGUGAAUUUCAGACAAACAUACAUAGAGACAAUCCAAAUAAACUUUUAGAAGCAAGGGGGGAAGUGGGCUCUUAAAUAAUCACCCUCAUUUUGACUGUGAGAUUUAAAACCUUUCACUUCCCAUGGAUAUUUGAUACCAAGGUCAUUUUGCACUGGCAGCUAAACAUUCAGAGAUAAAUUCAAAAUUCUAAGAUGAAACUUUUGGGCAUUUGGAGGUUGUAAAAAGAACUUGGUUAUAAUCAUUUAAAAAACACUCAAUAAUGAUGAGUGCGUCAGUGUCAUGUUGGCGAAAUAAUGUGACUAAAGGGACCAUCCAAACGGUUUGGUCAUAUGGCCAUCAUGCUAUCUAAGGGUUGAAGACUGCUGAGAUGUUAAAGGGUUACUCCAAGCAUUAUAACCACCACAAGCUGUAAACCUGGUCCUGCUGGGAGCCAGGUCUCCUCUAUGGCUGGCUGCAGAGUUUCUGCAGAGCUGAAUGCCAAUCCUGCCAGCCAUUUAUUGGCUGAGUCCGUCAGCAAACCACUCUCAGCCAAUGAUAGAAACUUGCACACAAUUGACAUUAGUCAGCCUGGAGCUCUUGUUCCAGGCUGGCUGAUGAUGCCCCGAUGAAGCUGUUGAAGGUGGAGUUUCAUCUUCUGGAGCAGAGGGGUUUCUCUCAGAAUGUGCAACAUUUCAUUGUGAAACACUGCACAUGCAGACUCCAGGUACCAAGAUGCAAAAAAAGGAGGUGGUUAUAACGUUUAGAGUAACCUAGUAAGCUGUAUUAAUGUCAAAUCAUUUCAUUCAUCUUGCAUAUAGUUAGUUAUUCCAUUCUUGGCUAUGGUGGUCUCAGUGCAAUGUUUUGGAUGAAAACAUGAUUGGAGAUUGACAAUAAGCUUCGUAUUCUUAGAGUGUUUGUGGAGCCUAUGACGAGAAGCUUCCUUGUAAUGUUUGGUGGCAAUUAUGUGUUUAUAGGCACCCACAAGAGGUUUUCCACGGGUAACAAAAUGCAGCCUAAUUAGGAUCUUGUUUUUAUUUUUUCAUCUAUAAUAUAAAUAUCUGCCUGUUCUAAUGUGUUAAUAAAAAUUGCUAGUUAUAAUUAAAGACAUGAACACUGACCUGAUAUGUGAAUAUACCAAAUUGUCACUGCAGCAUUGGUAUCUAAGUUUUCAUUUUUUAUGUUUGUAUUUAAAUAUAAUUUAUUGUCACCUUAUAGCCCAACACUAUAUACAUACAGUAUAUAACAUGAAAAUGUUUUUCCUUUUUUAAAUUCAUUUUAAAAUGUCUUGUCAUACAGAUAUGAACCACUUUCUAUAAUUUUAUAAUUAUCUAAAUUUUAAUGACUGUAAUGAGUCACUAGCAAUGUCUUCACAAUCAUAACACCUUUCUAAUGUGUUUUAAUAGCAAUUUAUUGUUCAGCAAAAAAAAGAGCCCAAAGGUCAUGCUAAAAAGUCAAACUUAAGUGGUCACAGUCAAACCGGAUGAUAUACACUGAACAAAAUUAUAAACGUCACACUUUUGUUUUUGCCUCCAUUUUUCAUGAGCUGAACUCUAAGACUUUUUCUAUGUGCACAAAAGGCCUAUUUCUCUCAAAUAUUGUUCACAAAUCUGUCUAAAUCUGUGUUAGUGAACAUUUCUCCUUUGCCGAGAUAAUCCAUCCACCUUUGUUGGAUUAUCGGUUGUGAGGCCGGUUGGAUGUACUGCCAAAUUCUCUGAAAUGCCUUUGUAGAUGGCUUAUGGUAGAGAAAUGAACAUUCAAUUCUCGACAUCUGUGGCAUUGUGCUGUGUGAUAAAACUGCACAUUUUAGAGUGGCAUUUUAUUGUUGCCAGCCUAAGGCACACCUGUGCAAUAAUCAUGCUGUCUAAUCAGCAUCUUGAUAUGCCACACCUGUGAGGUGGAUGGAUUAUCUCGGCAAAGGAGAAGUGCUCACUAACACAGAUUUAGACAGAUUUGUGAACAAUAUUUGAGAGAAAUAGGCAUUUUGUGUACAUAGAAAAAGUCUUAGAUCUUGGAGUUCAGUUUAUGAAAAAUGGGGGCAAAAACAAAAGUGUUGCAUUUAUAAUGUUGUUUCAGUGUAUAUUGACACAUUAAUAGAGUCAUGUUUCCCUUCUCAAAUACCACAGCAAAAAAAAAAGCUUAUUUCCCAGUUACCAGCAAGUGUGCAUCAAACAUGUCCUUGUGUAGGUAGGGUUUUUAAAUGCACAUGAUGGCAGAUUGAGGAUUGGAUGCCAAUAACAUUAAAUUAUUGGUUUACUUGCAGUGCCAUCAAUAAAGCCAUUUUGGAAUGAUAAUAUUGAAAAUAGUAAAGAGUACGAGCAGCGGUACCUAAUAGUCCGAAUAUAAAUAGUCCAAAUAUGCAGGUGGUAAUCCUAGUGGUACGUAAAAUGGUAUGUCAAAUUCCAGAUGUAUAUCCGCAACUUCGAAAUGGAUAUGUGGAAAAAACAGAAGACAGAGGAAACUCCAAUGGUAUAGUAUGAACGGUAAAUAAUAUUGUGUAUAUAAUAGUAGAACUACUCACAAUAUUCAGAGCUUAAAUCCAGCUCUGGUAUGAAUGGCACAAAGUGGAAUAAUCCCCACUCAAGGAUAUAUGGUGCUCCUCUUUUGUUCUUUGGUAGAAUAAAUUGGUGGAGUAGUCCAGCUCGGGACAAAAGGAUAAAAUAUAUAGUGCUCACUGUAUAGCUGAUAAAAUGUUGAAACAGAAUAAAAUAUACUCACGGUAUAUGGAGCAGACAUACUGCUCGGUGGAUGGCGUAUGGGUGGUAUAAUCCCCACCUUAGGAUUCUUGGUACUCCAAUAUGGAAAAAAAGGCGAUAGAAGUUAGGUCUGGAUAAAAUAAACUAAACUUGUAAAUAAUAAAAUAAUAUAAUACUAUAGUGGAAAGAGGAAUGUGGCAAACAAAUGUAUAAUAGCCAAAUAUUCCUUUAUUAACACUUAGAUUAUAUAAAAAAGUUUCUAUACGUGUUUCGCCACAAUAGGCUUCAUCAAGUAGAAACUUUUUUCUACUUGAUGAAGCCUUGAUGAGCCAUUUUACGUAACCACUAGGAUUAUCACCUGCAUAUUUAGACUAUUUAUAUUCGGACUAUUAGGUACCGCUGCUCAUACUCUUUACUAUUUUCAAUAUUAUUAUUCCACUUGUUUUAGGCGCACCCGUAUUCCUUCUUUUCUCUCCAUUGUACUCUAAGGGGUUCAGAGGGGAUUCCCCUUCUUUAUAGGUGUGCUGCCUUAUCGUUAUAUUCCCUGUUUUCCUAUCAGCGCUGAAUCUCCUUCCUGAUUCCGAAUACAGCCAUUUUGUUUAUUGUUGACUUUGCUAUAUAGCCAUAUCAAUUUCACUGAUCAUGUGUUUAUAAAACGACAAAAAGCCUGGUUUUUAAUUAAUAACGAUUUCUGUCUUCAGUGGCAUUACCUACAAAAAAAAAAAUGAUAAAACGUUUUACAAACACACAGCAUUAACCUACCAAGACUCUGGGCUGGGCUAGAAUCCCCCUGGAUUUCUGAUUGACAGCUAGUAAGGUGCAAAUAAGGACUUUUAUAAAAGUGCCAAUUUCUCUUAAAAUCAGCUCUUUUAUAACAUAACACAGAGUGGACCUUUGGUUAACCCACAUAGGACUUCAGUAAGCUGCAAUGCUUUGGGAGACUAGAGGUUCCUUUCAAGAAUUUUACAAUUCCUCUUUAAUAUUUUUAGGCAAGCUUUACAAAGUGCUAUGCAUUAUUUGGCACACAGUGAAGGGAUUUUCUUUAGCCUUGUGCCACUUUGUACAGCAUAAAGAUGUGUUUUAUUCUAGUAAUAAAUAAUUCAUGGAUGUGCAAAGUAACUGGACAGGAACACAUUAUACAGUUUGAAAUGGUGUGAAAACCUCUUUGGUUUACCAAGAUUAAACCAUCCCAGUUACAGUAAUUCUCACUAGCACAGAAUUGUCGGGACAAAAAUAAAGGAAGAACAUUUCUGCAGGGCAAGUAGAUCAUAUGAAAGAAUAAUCACUUGCUAUAAAAAUAUAGAUAAAAAAAUACACUUUUAGUUUCUCUUUAUGUUGUAUUAACCUUGUCUCUCUCUAAUCUAAAAAAACACAUUUCUAUUCACUGAAAGAUGUUUUCUUAUUUACGGACUAUUACUGCUCGAUUGGCCCUUAGGCUGAAUGAUCACACUGGGAACCAGUCACAGUGAUGACAUGAUGGCCUGGGGGCCCAUCCACAAAGCAGUAAUCUAUUAGGAUUAAGUUUAAUACAGGUUUGUGUUAGCUGAAGUUAGGGUUAGAUAGACCCACUAAUAUGCAUGGUAUUGGUAUGUCACAGCAGGAAUUAUUUGCAAAUAGGCUAGAGUUUGCAAAAAUGUUGGAAACCUGGUGUUAAUUUGUUGCCUUUACAAGAUUCCCAGCUUUUGUUAACUCCUUAAGAAUGUUCGUAGGUUCAAUGACGUCUUAAAAAUAGUGGGAUUUGAACCAUUAGGACAGCACGGAAUAUCCUUGCAUUUUGGUGUUAGCAGGGUUUAAUCACUUCUCACACUUGGGGCAGUGGUGUAUCCUGGUUUUGUGCGGCAUCACUGCGGUGCGCGUGAAAGUUCCGCCUCUGCAAGCCUGGGGGGCCCUGAGGUGGCCACCCGGCCAGCUCCUGGGCCCCCCAGGACAAGAAGCUGGCAAGGCAUUUGCCAGGGCUAUUGGGGGAUGGCAAAAAAAGCCGCCAAGCCGAAAGUGCCUCCAAGGCAGAUGCCUUGUUUGUCUCAAGGUAAACACACCCUGACUUGGGGAAACCCAGAUAUCAGUUGAUUAAUAAGGGCUUCCCUUUGCCAGCUGGGGCCAUAUUUAGUGGCUUUGAUGGAGCUCCUGUACCCUGACUGAUUGCUCCCGCCAAAAAUACCCUAUCGCUGGAAACCAAAUCGCAGAAUGAUUAUAGAAUUUCCCCAAACACCAGUGGAGACUUGGUGAAGGUGUAAACAACAACACUUUAUUGGGAGACAGGCACAUAAUUAUAGUGGCAUUCACAAUCUGCGGUCAUCAAAAGUGACAAUAGGUUCUCUCCCUGGUGCCCCAAAACAUAACUUACUCCAACAGUAUAUUGACAACUUAUCCCAGGACAGGGCUAAUUACCACGGACAGAAUGUGAAAAAAGCAUCCGUAUCGGAUGUACCCAGCCCCAGUAAUCAUUAAAUGAAGUUAAAACAGGCUGUGGCCAUUCUCUGAUACAGCGCAAAGUUCCAGGCUGCCGCCGGCUAAUGACCAGUCCACAGAAAAGAGUCCUCUGCACCUGAUUCCAUAGAAGAGGGCUCCCCUAGCUCUCCGUGUUCUUUGAUUGUUCUUCUUCUUCCCUCCCUCCCUCCAGUUAGUGUUCUUCUGUGAGACUGGUUAACUGAAACAAAAUUUUUUCCUAGUUUGUUGUAAAAUUGGAAAGCACUUCAAACUGUUUUUUGUUUUUGUUUGUUUCUUUGGUUUUUUUUUGCAUUCUUUUGGAUCAACAGCAAAUACAGAUGUGAGAGAGGCUAAACUUGAUGGAGAUCUCCCUCUCAUGCUGCAAUCACUCAUUACAGAGCUAGCUGGGAAAUCUCUCUGCUAAUUUCAAAUUGAUGUCAGUAGAGGAUAAUGUAAGUAUAUGGUUAGGGUUAGUGUUUGGUAUGGAUUAAUGCUGGGUUAGGGAUAGUGUAGGUUAGGGGUAAGGUUAGGUUAGGGUAGGUGUAUGGUUAAUGUUAGUGUAAGUAUACAGUUAGGGCUAGAAUUAGUAUUAGCUACUAAAAAUUAAUUUAGAUCUGAGACAUAUGAGGCAUUUAACAAUCAGGACUGAUAUGUGAAUCUAUUUUAAGUUAUUUUCUUUAGUUGCACUUGAUGUGUAAAAAUCAAAACAGUAAAAACAAUGUGUGGGGGUUCCCCAUUUUGUACGUUUUAUUCCAACGUAAUGUUGCGUUUGAUAUACAUAUAAAAUAUUAAAAGAAAGUCACUUCUGUCCUUUAAAUAAACAUUAUAUAAUAUGUAUGGGUGCACUUAAUGAUACAUUCUAGGUUUUCGAAGUUGGACAAUUGUCUCCGUCACGAAGGAGUUACUAGUAGACUUGUACACAAAUUCUGUUGAGCAGAUCUGCGGGCAUUUACCUGUGGAAUCUUAUUUAUUCAUUUAGUUAAAGCCCAAAUGUAUGAAUUUGUUUGGACAUAGAUUAAAAUUUGAAAAUAAUUUGUGCACAAGUCUAGCAACAACUUAUAGCAGCUUUUAAAAAAAAAAAAAAAAGACUGUGGACAAAUCUUUGUUGUCUGUUAUUUCUGUAUGGGCUAGAAUUGGCCAGAGUCUAGGAUUGGGUGGGAGGUUGUGUUUUUAUUGUCUGGGCAAAUCAUGACAAAGUUGAGCUUCCAAUAGGUUUCUGACAUCCUUGUUAAAUGUUUGACCAUAUAGUUACGUUUUAAAGCCUGAAAUCUUGUAUAACAGUUUUUUUUUUCUAAUGUCCCUUUUCUUGUUUUUCUGUAAUAGCUUUGGGCAAGGGAACAUGUCUUCUCGUCUACUCUACACAGUUACGUGUCCGAGAUGCAGCAGAAGAUUAUUGAAGGAGUUUUAAGCCGAUUAAGUGGUCUCACCGAUGAGUAAGCAUGACCUUUUUCAAAACACAAUGUUUAUAAAUCAGAAUUCAAUAAGUCAAGUCUUAAACUAUUUCAAAAAGAUAUACCAAAUAGCAAAGGGUACAGCAAGGAUGAAAUGUAAUAUGCCUUUUUGUAGCUAUUCACUCUGUCACUACUUCCCCUGAUGUCUUUACGGAUCCCACCGCAUGUCCUAUUUCUUAGAUGCGCUCCGGUAAAUGCAUUGUAAUGACUGUCUUAACCCACCCUUGUUCUACAAUAUCUUUCUCUUGAUACUCAAGGGAAUGCCUGCUAAUAUCACAAAUAAAUGUUGCAUCCAGGUCUACGAGGAACCACAUACAUUAUUUAUCCUACUUUCUUGGAAAGGGCUUUUGACCUCUGAACCACUUCACUAGCUGAGGCUUUUAUAAAUAUAAUGCAUUAUUUCAUUUCAGAACAGGCUCAAGUUAACUGGUUGUACUGUGUCCUGUAUUUUACAUCCAUAUACCUGGAUCAAUGUGUAGUAUACAGCUUUUAUCCUUAAUUUGUUUAUAAUCCUCGUAGCAUCCGCUUGUUAAUGAGUGUUAAGUAAGACGUAAUUCAGACGUUCUCGGAGAAAGAGAGGGCUUUGCAGCAACCAUAGUAACCAUCUUGUUCAUGAUAAGAAAAAACAUCCCUAUCAAGGUCUGGCUUCAGACUAAUUCAUUAAUGUGAUUAAGAUACAUUGCCCUCUGAGGAAUCUUUUGAUAAGGAGAAAUAUGCAAUUGAGUUAUCUGCCUGUUACAGAUAUGCCAAAAGAAAAUAUACAUAAGAAUGCGUUAGAGGAAUCUUACGUCUUCUGAUUAACUACAAUCUACAUUUAGAACCACUUUCUGCAUAAAUCAUUAUAGGUCGUACGGCAGCAAUGUUUAACCUUGGCACAGCAGAUUUUUGUGCACUGAAUUUUCCAUUAUGCACAGCCAGACUCAGAACUAUGCCUCUAGUUUGGCUGAGCACCAUGGCACAUGUAGUGUAAUGCAAGAUUGGCCAUCAGUGGCGUGGCAAUAUGAUAUACGGAUAAUAAACAGACAAACAUUGCUUGAUAUGCUUUGUUACUGAGCAGAGUCUGCAAAGAAUUUUUUUUUUUGGGGGGGUUGUUUUGGGUUGUCUUCAAGCCAUUAAACAAAAAAGCAUUGGUUAGAUGUUUAACAAGACUAUUUAAGUGCACAGAACCAUUCAGAGAUGGAAAGUAGCAACCUCAUAUUUACUGAAAAACCCAAGAGAAAAAUGAACAAGCACCUAUAUUAGUAUCUUUUGUUUAUCAUGUGCCAACCUUUUUUACAGUGUUGUUACAAGAUGGGUGCCAUGGGCACAAGGACCUGAGGACAAAACAUGGCAAUAUUUUUUAUUAACAAUUUAUUUUUGUUUUUGUUUGUUUUUACAUGGCUAAAGCCCUCUAUUUACAAUUGAAAUUACUGUCUGAGAAUUAGACACUGAAUAUAAAGAGUUUACUUGAAAUAGACGUUUACAAAACUUAUUCCCAACUUAUUCCUACUUUUGGGGACACCGGGGAACUAUCUUCAAAAAACAUAGUAUGGACGUGCCUGCAUCAUACUCAGAGCACUGGGACUCUGCAGAGAUCACUGAUAUUGUGUCCUUGCCUAGUCUGCCCUUGGUGGGCUGGUGUGCUUGAUUGAAAAGAAGCCUGAGAUUAAUUCAUGAAAGGCUGAUCUCACAAUCAUGCAAUUAAGCAUUUUUCUAUGUGACCCACCCCUUUUGGGUGGAACCAGGUUAGCUCCCUUUUACCAUGCCUAUGGCAUUCCGUGAAGCGUUGGUUGUUAUGCAUUACGGCUGUCUAAUUAUCUUAACCUCUUAGGUAGCAAAAAUUCCAUUAUAAAAUAUAUGAAAACAUAUUUCAUGUUGGCAUAGUACUGUGCGGACAUGGAUUGCUCAAAAAAAUACUGAAUGACUUAAAAACAUGACCUACAAGAAACACCGUAGCUCCCAUGCAGUUUUUCAGCAGUUUGUGAACUAUUGUUAUAUAAUUUUAUAAAUAAAAUAAAUUGAACUUAAAAUAAGUGAUCUGGUUGACAUACUAUCUAUGUACCUUUUUCAGGUCCAACAAAAAUGCACUUCAGAGACACAAUUUUUUAAUAAAAUGUGUGCUCCGACCAUUAAGCCUUCGGAAUAUCGCCAUGGCUACCCUGACACAGAUGAGAAUGUCAUGGAAGAUAAGCCUCCUAUAUGAAUUAAAGGAAAAAAACAUCCUAGAAAAGUCCAUCUGGCCAUGCCAGGAUGAAGAACAAUGGCAAAUUCAAAAUAACAUGGUAAGCCAGGUUAUUUUAUGUCUUUUUUUUUUUUUUUCAUUCUUUCUGGCAAGGCUUGCUGAAUAUUCAGAUAUGUAAAGUAUCCAUUAACAUUAACCUGUCAUGAGGGAUAUAACAUGAUAUAAUAAUAACUACAAUGGAAAUUCAGUUAUAUCAGAUAUAGUGGUUAUAAGCCAUAUAUAUCAGAUAUUUUGGAGAAUUUGACCAAAUAAUGUUGUUGUUUUUUAAGCUACGUGUCUUAGGUCCUUCAUGACACAUAUAUUGACGAUGUAGAACUUCCCUAUUCAACCGUGUGUGCAAGCCUGCAGAAUGUUCAGGAGGCUGACAUACAUGGUGUGGUCAAGAGGUUCAAAUACACUAACCACUGAAGCUAAGAAGCUAAGUUUUAUAAACUGAUGUUUGAGGGCAGGCAGUGGAGUUUGGGUAUCAGCUGAAAAGAAAACAAAGCAAGCCAUUUAAAGGUAAACCUGUUUAGUCAUCUAGCUUCUUAACAUAAUAACCACAAUAAGUGGCAUUGCUAGAGGUGGGGUGUAGGGGCUUGAGUCCCUGUAAUGGACUGGUAAUGUCCCAGAUAUCUUUAAAUCAAUGAUCUUGGGUAUAACCUGCCAACUGUCCUAUUUGUGUAAUUUAAUUAUUAUUUUUUCACCUAUAAAUUCUGGUCUUGCUAGGAAUAGCUAUAGAUGGUCAUAUUGGCUUGAUACCUGAGAGCUGGGUAAAUGUUCAGACAUGGGUGGUGUGAUAUUGAAAGAUACUUAAUGAAAAAUAAAUGAAUGCCAUAUGGUUAGUGAGUGUCAAAAGUAGACGUUUGACUUUUGUUGUUGGUUGGUGAAGCAUUUGCAUGUGUUAAUCUGCAUGUAGAAUGCAGUGUUUUGGUGUGAAGUGUGCAUACGUGUAACUGUGUGUCUACACAUGGUUUUACUUGUGAUGUGUUCUUUAAUAUGCGUUAUAUAUUGUAGAGCUCAAAACUCCAAGUUCACAGCGUGGGUGUAGGCAGAGGUUGUAGUUUGAGGUGAAUAAAGACCUUGUAUGUAGAUGGGCCAAGUGCAGACUUGGGAGAUUCUAUUUUUUAUUAUUUGAAUUUAAGACCCAGAUAUUUUUUGAACAUAGCAACAUCCCUUACUAUAGCUUAUAGAGAUUGUGUUGUAUGCAAUGUCUAUUUACAAUAAGUACAAUUACAAUGUUUAUACCUGGACAUCCAGCAAUACAUUAGUUGCUCCAUAAUAUAUUUAUUGCAUAUAGCGUGACUAAAGAAAGAACAAGCUUGUAUACAUCAAUAUCUCACUCGCCUAGCUAAAAUAGUAGCUACCAGAGAUGGUGUUAUACCUCCAGCAGAAAAAAGGCAGUGUAUCAAAGUGAAACAUUGUACAUGCAGACUCCAGGCACCAUGACCACUUCUAAUCACUGAAGUGGAUAUGGUGCUUUAAAAGGACACUAUAGGCACCCAGACCACUUCAACUCAUUGAAGUGGUCUGGGUGCAUUGUCCCAGUACUUUUUUUUUUUGACAAUCUUUAUUUUUCGUUUUCGUAUAAGUAUACAACAUUGCUGACACGGGUUCGUUAAAAUUAACAUUUUCACGUGAACUUUAUAAUAAGUUGAACAGUGUGUAACUGGUACGUUGUAUCAGCUGUGAACCGCGUGUCUUGCUAGUUAACUGAAUUCAGGUCAAGUGUUAUGUUCACCACUUUUGUGAUUACAGUAGAGUGGGUUAGUUCAGUGCGUGUAUAGUGGUCUAGGGGGCUGAGGUUCGUGUCAUGGCUUUAGCAGUUUAUCCCUAUGGUUGCCCGCGUCAGUUGUACGGGUCGUGCAAGCUGUGCGCUUUUGUCAUAGCUAAUGUAGGCUCAGUGUAACGCCGUGUUUGGGCAUACUGUCUAGAUAUCUGUCUAGUGGGCUGAACGCUUUGGUUCUACCAAUGCGGGGGGGCUAUUGUCCCAGUACUUUUAACCCUGCAAAGGUAAUUAUUGCAGUUUUUGAUAAACUGCAAUAAUUGCCUUGGAGGAUUAACUCCACCUGUAGUGGCUGUUUUUUGGUCGCUCUGCAUGAGAACAUCCAGCAUUACAAUUCUUUCCUAUGGGGGAAAUCCUAAUGCAAGCGCGGCGAUCGCUUCGGAUGAGCAUUAGGUGAUGUUGGCGAAAGAGGAGGCAAAGGCGGAGCCUGAACCAAUGUAAAGGGUCCUCUACGCUGGAGUCAGGUAAGUGACCCCUUAACCCCUUCAGGGGAAGGGUGAGAGGGCAGGGGUACUACAAGGAUCUAUACAAAAAAUGGUUUUCCAAGUACUAUAGUUUUCCUUUAAGUAUGAAUGUACAACUAGUAUCUAAUUCUAUUAUUUAUUGUUUACAAAUCAGAGCUUUAUAGUGUCCAUGCCUUUUGUGCCUCCUUGCCAGCCUUUCUCUAUAAGCCCUCUAUUAUUGUCACUUAUCAAAACAAUGUGGCCCUUUGCAUAAGUAUCUUCUACCAUGUACUGAAUGCCCAUACAGGAAACCCGCAUUUUGGAAGAAGAGAGAAAGCUGGAGAAGGAAAUGAUGGAAGCACGCAUAGAUUUCCAGCAGCAGCUGCUGGCCGACCUGAUGGAAGUUAACCUGAUCAUCAGACAGCACAUGGAGCGAACUAUUGGGCAGGCUCUAAUACAGUGCGCACAGCAGGAGGCCGCUAAGAGCAUGGCGGACAGCAACGCUGAGUUUAAGGUAUUCAUUCCUCUCUUAUAUUAUUGUCUAUAAUGGAGAAAAGUUAACCAACCUUUUAUGCGCUGGAAACCUCUGUUAACCAGAAUGCAUACACAGACAGAGAGACAGACAGAAAGAUUAUGUAUUUCAUUUUUAAAUUCUAGAUUCUUGAUGCUGAAAUUAUCCUUGAACUUAAACCGAUGGGUUAUCUUGCAUGCACGGUGCUGUUCAUGACUUGUCAUAGCGAAUCAUUGAAUUUGAGAAUUCUCUGCGACAAGAUUUUGAUUGGCGGACCCAUUGUCCCCAAUACUCCUCACAGAGGAGCAUUGGAUUGAACCAUCAACAUUGAAUUGGACCAUUAACCUUGAGGCAACUGUGAUGAUGCUUGGAGGAGUAAAAGAUAAAUAAACUCAUUUUUUUCAAAUAUUUUACAGAACAAAAAAGGGGGAGGGGGCCUAAAUCUAACUAGGGACAGAGAGACUGUUGCAUUAGUAAUACAGAUUUGUAUUCCUAGUGCUGUAGUGUCCCUUUAAUGGCUAAAUCAGGGCUGCAGGGUGUCACAUAAUAUGAAUUUUUUUUGGCCAUCUUCAUAAAAUGUAAAUUUUGAUGGAAACGCAAAUUCAGAUUGGGGGUAAAUGUGAUCAUUAUCUUUUCAGGGAGGUUAAUAAGGGCCCUGGGAUAAACACACUCUCUAAGUUACUAAGGAAAGGACUCCAAGGGGAAACUGAGUGAUCAAACUGACUGAUUCGGAGACUGAUCAAUGCUGCACCUUGAGGUCUUAUGACGCAGGAUACUCCAUUAUUUAUCCAUUCGAAAAAUUAUGCUAAAUGUAGUGAAUGUCUUCCACUGACCCUUUUCUGGCAAUAGUAACAACUAUCACAUCAACAUUGCAGGUAUAAAAAGGCAAGGACCACUGCACCCAGACCACUUCAUUGAGAUUAAGUGGUCUGGGUGACUAUAUUGUCCCUUUAAUUGUGGUUAGACUUUUUUUGAAAAAAUCUAUUUCGUUUUUCCGGUCUUAUUUCCAACUUUCAUUUCUGUUCUCUUAAAAUAAAACCAAAUAAAACGUGCAAAAAUGACCCAACGUGAAAUGACCAUAGCAUUACACGUGACUCCUUUAAAUAGAACAGUUUAUUUAUCUCGCACCAUGAAUUCAAACAAAAUAGCUCCUUGUGAAAAGAUUAUCCCGACAACAGGAGAGUUGGUUAUAGAAGUCGUCUACUUUCAUGUAAACACCUUCCUGCUUGCUCCAGAUGCCAAAGACCUGCCAUAUUCUAUUUUAGGCUCCCAAAUCACUGUAGGUGGCGCGAUAAAUAAUUGAACACCGUCCAGAUGGUGUUUUUGUACUUGGACGAAAUGAAAUCAGUUCUGUUUUCAUAGGAUGAAUUUAAAGUGAAUUUUUCUGCUUAACCUCUCGGGUUCCCUGUUAAAUGUAAUCUUCAUUUCUAAUAUUACAUUUUCUGUCUUUAUAAAUUCCAGGAACGUUUGGUUGAGGCAGCUGUUGAAAGCGUGUAUGUGACUAGCAGCGGGGUCAGUAAAUUAGUGCAAAACUACAAUCAAAAUCUACAACGGAUCUUACAGGAUCAUGAAGAGGCAAAGUUAAAGCAAAUGAAAACGGCACAUGGUAAUUUAUAGACUAUAUAAGUUCAUUGUUAUAGAGCAUUACCGUUUCAGUUAUAGUGUGUGCUUAUUAAAUAUGCAAUAAAAUGGGUGUUUUAAUCCAGCAGAUUAAAGAGAUAUAAUUUAUUUUGUAAUAAUUUACAAAAUAUUUAGUUUUCUUCAAGGAUCACUAUAGGGUCAGGAAAACAAACAUGUAUUCCUGACCCUAUAGUGAAAACCCACCAUUUAGGUGGCUUGCGCCCCCCCCUCCUCCCCUUUAGAUCCCCUAUAAAAGUUUAAAACUCACCUGUGCUGGCUCCGCCCCUUUGUGACAUCAUCAAAAUGGCCGAUCUUUAGCCAAUCCGAUGCUUUCCCAUAGGGCAGAUGCCGUUUUGACCAAUCAGGAGCUCCUCAAAGUGAUAUAUUGAAACAAUGCAUCUCUAUGAGGAAAAUUCAGUGUCUCCAUGCAGAGCACAAAAGAAAAUAGCAUUUAAAAGCAACUUCCCUGGCUGUGACCCAGACUGCAUAAAAAAUUUCAUUUAAUUUUCAAUCAGUACAGCGUGUUUACAUUAGAAGUAUGUAUCUCCUGCUCUGUUAAUUGAACUUUAAUCACACAUAGGGGGCUCAUGCAGGGUUUAGCAGGCUACCAACAGAGCAGGAGACAAUAAAUUCUAAAUUAAACAGACUGUGCAAUAAAGGAAGUCUAAAGGGUCUCUUUUUAAAUGGAGUGUGUAGGUCACAUGCAGGGAGGUGUGGCUAGGGAUGUAUAAACAGAGUGAUAUAGCUCAUAGAUGUUAGAGAAUUGAGCAGUGAGGCUGCAGGGUAUGAUCUAUACACCAAAUCUGCUUCAUUCAGUUACAGUUGUUUUAGUGCUUACAGUGUCUCUGUAACAAAUGUAAGUUUAUUUCACAUAAACUUUUCUUGCUCCUUGACAAGACUUUUUAGCUCAGACACGUUUACAUUCAAAAUAAAUGCAACAUGCUUUUUUAAAAAUUUUUUUCCAGAAAACACAGAGAUUACAAUGCGUAAAAGUAAGCAAGUACUACCUGCUUCCACACAAAAUGAGAACAUUUUGGGACAAGCAAAUUCAGAUCUUCAUAAGAGGUUUGAUUAUUAUUCCUUAUUAAAGUAUAUAGGAUUUUACCACCUGUGUCUCAGCCUGAUGCUAUACUUCAAGGGAUCAUAGAUCAUGUGAGAGAGAGCUAAUAAUCUCUUGUUCUGGGAAGCAUAGAGAUAAGCCAUCUGUAAACAAGGCUAGAAUACAUUGGCUCCCCUGGCGUUCUUCAAAACUUUGCUCUGGAAAUUAACUUCAAGCUCUUCACGACUCUCCUACCUACCUUCAUGAAUGUUAUAUAGCAGCUACCAGGAUGGAGAUUUGAUAUUUACCUCUGUAUCACUUUUAAUUUUGCUCUCACAAAACUAUGUCCAUCUUCUUACAUUUAUUUCACAAGCCAAAUUAUCUUUCUUUAUUUAACUGUUCUCAAGGACUGAUUGAUUUUUGAAUAUAACUAGUUACAAACACAGUCACAGAGAGACAUACAGGCAGAGACAUACUCACAUACAGACACAUACAUACAUACAUACAUACAUACACACAGAGACAUACAUACAUACACACAGAGACAUACAGGCAUACAGAGACAUACAGGCAUACACACAGAGACAUACAGGCAUACAGAGACAUGCAGGUGUACAGAGGCAUACAGUCAUACAGACACAUGCAUGCAUACAGAAACAUACAUACAGAGCUUUACAGGCAUACAGAGACAUACAGGCAUACAGACACAUACAUACAUAUAUACAUACAGAGACAUACAGGCAUACAGACACAUACAUGCAUACAGAGACAUACAUACAGACCCAUACAUACAGAGAUAUACAGACACGUACAUACAUACAGAGAAAUACAGGCAUACAGACCCAUAAAUACAUACAGAAACUUACAUACAUACAUACAUACAUACAUACAUAAAUACAGAGACAUACAGGCAUACAGAGACAUUCCGGCAUACAGAGCCAUACAUUUGUAUAGAGACAUACAUACAUGCACACAGAGACAUACAUACAUGCAAACAGAUACAUACAGGCAUACAGCUACAUACAGGCAUACAGAAACAUGCAGGUAUAUACAGAGGCACACAGUCAUACAGACACAUACAUACAUUAUUAUUAUUAUUAUUAUCAUUUAUAUAGCGCCAACAGAUUCCAUAGCGCUUUACAAUAUUUUGAGAGGGGGGAUGUAACAAUAAAUAGGACUAUUACAAGAAAACUUACAGGAACAAUAGGUUGAAGAGGAUCCUGCUCAAACGAGCUUACAGACUAUAGGAGGUGGGGUAUUAGAAACAUUAGGACAAGAAAUAUCAAGUAGGGGUGAAGCAGAGCUGGAGGAGAGAGCAAAGCACUGUCCCAUAGGAGAGAGCAGGAGACAGGUAUGUAAGGUAGAGAUUACUCUGGGAGGCCAUAAGCUUUCCUGAAGAGAUGGGUUUUAAGGCCCUUCUUAAAUGAUUGAAGACUAGGGGAGAGUCUGAUGGCAGUAGGCAAGCUAUUCCAUAGGAGAGGAGCCACCCGCGAGAGGUCCUGCAAGCGCGAGUUGGCCGUACGGGUGCGAGCAGCGGUCAGGAGGUGGUCACGGGCAGAGCGGAGGGUACGAGGAGGGGCAUAUCUAUGGAUUAGUGAAGAGAUAUAAGUGGGGCUAGAAUUGUUCAGUGCUUUAAAUGUGUGGGUUAGCACUUUGAAUUGACUCCUAUAGCAUACAGGGAGCCAAUGUAAGGACUGGCAGAGGGGUGAGGUGUGAGAGGACCGACUAGAGAGGAAGAUCAGUCUAGCUGCAGCAUUCAUGACAGACUGUAGCGGGGCAAUACGGCUUUUGGGGAGACCAAUCAGGAGAGGGUUACAGUAAUCCAUGCGGGAAAUUACUAGAGCAUGGACAAGCUCCUUGGUAGCAUCUUGCGUAAGAAAGGGGCGAAUGCGGGCUAUGUUUUUGAGUUGGAACCUACAGGACUUGGCAACAAACUGGAUGUGAGGCUCAAAGGUGAGACCAGAGUCAAUUAUGACGCCAAGACAGCGCGCUUGCAGGGAUGGACUUAUGUGGAUAUCACUGAGUUGAAGGGAGAGCGAGAGAGGAGGAUCAGUAUUAGGAGGAGGAAAGACAAGGAGUUCAGUUUUAGAGAGGUUAAGUUUCAGAAAGCGUGAGGACAUCCAGUCAGAGAUGGAAGAAAGGCAAGCAGUGACACGUUGCAGGACGGCAGGGGAGAGGUCCGUGGAGGAGAGGUAUAUCUGAGUGUCAUCAGCAUACAGGUGGUAGCUGAAUCCAAAAGAGGCAAUAAGUUUACCUAGAGAGGCAGUAUAAAGAGAAAAUAGGAGGGGACCAAGGACAGACCCUUGGGGAACUCCAACCGAGACAGGACGAGGGGAGGAGGUAUCCUUGGAAAAGGAGACACUGAAUGAGCAUUGGGAGAGAUAGGAGGAAAACCAAGAGAGGACAGAGUCACAGAGACCGAGCGAUUGAAGAGUUUGAAGGAGGAGAGCAUGAUCAACGGUGUCAAAGGCAGCAGAGAGGUCAAGGAGAAUUAAUAUGGAGUAGUGACCUUUGGAUUUAGUGGAGAUUAGGUCAUUAGUCACUUUGAUAAGAGCAGUCUCAGUAGAGUGGAGAGGGCGGAAGCCAGACUGAAGAGGGUCAAGGAGAGAGUUGGAAUUAAGGAAGCGAGACACACGGGUAAAGACAAGUCUUUCCAAAAGCUUUGAUGAGAAAGGGAGCAGGGAUAUGGGACGAUAGUUAGAAGGGGAGGAUGGGUCAAGAGAUGUUUUUUUCAGGAUAGGUAUUACAGUGGCAUGUUUAAGGUCAGCAGGAACAGUGCCAGAAGAGAGAGAGCAGUUAAAGAUGUGUGUUAGGGUAGGCACAAGACAAGGGGAGAGAGAUCUGAUGAGGUGAGAUGGGACAGGAUCGAGCGGGCAAGUGGUGGGGCGAGAGGAAUGGAGAAGCGCAGCCACCUCUUGUUCAGUAGCCGGGUAGAAAGUCUGGAGGGUAGGGAAAGCAAGAUUUACAUGUGGUUGAGAAAGAGAACGGCAAGGAGGGGAGAUUUGUUUCCUUAGCUGUUCAGUCUUGUCGGUAAAGUAGCAUGCAAAGCUAUCAGCUGUAAGGUUAGUUUGGGGGGUGGCCACAGCAGGGCGGAGAAGGGAAUUAAAGGUGUCAAAGAGACGUCUGGGAUUGCGGGAGCAAGAACUAAUGAGAGAGGAAAAGUAUGACUGUUUGGCGAGGGCGAGGGCUGUGCUGUAUGAAAGCAACAUGAAUCUAUAAUGGAGAAAGUCUGCCUGGGUGCGGGACUUCCUCCAGGAGCGUUCAGCACAACGGGAGCAACUCUGCAGAUAGCGUGUUGAUUUAUUAUGCCAAGGUUGGGGACGUGUCCUCCUCGAGGUGCAUGUUUUGAGAGGGGCUGCAGCAUUCAAGGCAGAUGUGAGGGUAGUGUUGUAUGUGGAGACGGCCAGUGAGGGACAGGAGAGGGAAGGGAUGGAUAGCAGUUGUGAAUCAAUGUCAGCUGACAGCUGCUGGAGGUCAAUAGAGUUAAGGUUCCUCCUGAGCUGAGGGGGGUUAGGCUGAGAUUGUUGGGUGAGGGGGUAAUUGAGAGAAAACGAUAAGAGGUGGUGAUCAGAGAGAGGAAAUGGAGUGUUGCAGAUAUUAGAUAUUGUACAUGAAUAAGAGAAAAUAAGGUCGAGGGUAUUGCCAGCUACAUGAGUGGGAGAAUUAGCCCACUGCAAAAGUCCAAGGGAGGAAGUGAUUGAAAGAAGUUUAGAGGCUGCUGGGGUUAAAGGUGGGUUAAUGGGAAUAUUGAAGUCUCCAAGAAUUAGGGAUGGGAUGUUGGAAGAGAGGAAGUAGGGUAGCCAGGCAGCAAAGUGGUCAAGGAAGAGGAGAGGGGAACCAGGGGGACGAUAGAUUACGGCAAUGUUAGCAGAGAAGGGUUUGAAAAGGCAAAUUGAAUGAAUUUCAAAUGAUGGGAAAGAGAGGGAAGGGGGGGUGGACAGGGUUUUAAAGGAGCAGUGGGGUGAGAGAAGAAAACCUACACCGCCACCUUUAGUCUCUGUUUGUCUUGGAUUGUGGGUAAAGUGAAGACCACCAAAGGACAGUGAGGCAGGUGUAGCAGUAUCAGAGGGAGAGAGCCAUGUUUCUGUUAGUGCAAGUAGGUUUAGGGAGUGUGAGAUAAAUAGGUCAUGGAUGGAAGUAGAUUUAAAGGUGCUGCACACAGAGCGUGCAUUCCAGAGGGCAGCUUUAAAAGAGGAAUUAUAGUGAGAAUUACAUGGAAUGGGUAUUAGGUUGUUGUGGUUUCUGGUGUUUGUACCAGGUGGCUGAGUAGUGGAGGGACCAGGGUUUGGAGAGACAUCACCUGCUGCUAGGAGUAGUAGGAUGGAAAGGAAGAGAAGGUGGGAGUAAGAUUUAAAUGUUGAGGAUGAGAGCUUGUAUUUAGAGUAUUUAGGAGGGGUUUGUGGAGAAAGGCUGGAUAAAUAUGAAUAAAGUGCGUGUGAUGAAUACAGAGAUGAGGGGAGCAGAGAGGGAGCAAUGAAGAUGGUGUUAGCAGGAACAGGUAAGUAAAAUGACAGAGAGAUUUUAAUGAUGAGGGAAGUGAGAGAGAAAGUGAAAAAUAGAAGUGAGAACAUUAGUAGGAGAGUAGGUGCUGUAUUUUUAAGAGCUGUGGUUAGGAGGGUUAAGGGUUAAAGAGGUAUUGUGUGAGUAUAGCUAUUUUGGGUGUGGAGGGCUUGGUGGACAGAGGCUAACAUAAUUGGUUUAACAGGUAAGGUAGGUAAUUCGAGCUAUCUAUAAAUGUAAUGAUAACCAUGGGGUGGGUGGGAAGCGAUCAUCCAGUAAAUGCUACCUCUGCUUAUGGCAAGUCCUGCAGGGUUGUGUGCUGGGAGUCCUGGGUGUAGCUGAUUCAAUAUUGUAUGGGGCCCAGGCUAUAAAGGAGAGAAUCUGGGGUUAGAUAAAGCAGAUUGUAGGUGGAGAAUCAUUGGGGUGUUAAAAACAAAAAUCAAGGAAAGAACAGAUACAGGCAUACAGAAACAUAUAUACAGAGACAUACAUACAGAGAUAUAUAGGCAUAUAGAAACGUACAUACAUACAGAGACAUACAUGUGUAUAGAAACAUACAUACAGAGACAUACAUACAUACAUACAUACACAGACAGUCACAAUUACAUACUUACAUCUGUUCAAUCUGGUCCAUGGGGUGCAUGCUGUCUGGCUCUGUGGAGUCCCGUCUUGCAGCCCAGCCCCAUCACUGGCAGACACCAGUGUAGGAGGCUCCUCGGGCGACAGUAAGCUGUGCGGGCGGUAAGAGGCUGAGCUCCGCUGAGGGUACAAGGCACUUGCGCUCGGCCACGCUUCAAGAAGUAACUGGCUGGAGGGGAGUGCGCUUCCCUCCUGCCAGUCAGCCUGACAUUGUGGUAGUGCCGGCCCUGCAACUAUGCUUUAUUAGGCUACCAUGGCCUUUCAAAUUCACUUUAUUCUCAGUUUACCAAAGUGGCCCUGAAGGAACCUCCAAAAGGGGAAUUUAUGAUUAUGCAACUCACUCCAGAGUAACGGCAUGCUUCGGGUGGUCAUUGAGUUCUUUUGUAAGUACAAUAUGUCUAGAAAUUUUUUUUUCUUACCAAAAUAGCCUAGUUUGCUGUUAUCAAUGGCUUUUAUUUGAAUUGCAAGACCGUCUGAUCUUCUUGCGAUCAUUGCGCGCUUUCGGUCCAAACUGACAUUCCUUUUCACACAAUAAACAAAACACCUGCAUAGUGAUCACUUAUUGAUGCAGACCUCUUGGAUGCUUCAGAGAUUGUAAACCUCUAAUAAACCUCAAAAUUGCUCUUUUCUUGCUGUGGUGACACACAGAGACUUGAAGCUCCUCAGGCUAAAAUAGUGUGCUUAUUCUGUCCAUUCCCUGUUUUUUUAUAUCUGCAGUAAGCGAGUUUUGAUAAAGCAAGCUGCAGAUUCUUAAUGUAGUCACCCAGGUGUUCUGCAAAGCCCUGCUUCUAACCUUUUUAAGGACUUAAAGGAUUUUAUCCCUAUAUCAGCACAGGCUGUAUUUGGCAGUCACUGGAUGCCAUCAAAGAUGUAGAUGUAUGGCUAUGGUUGUAUAAACAAAGUGAUUUUACUCCUAAAUGGCAGAGAAUUAAGCAGUAAGACUGCAGGUCCAUGAUCUAUAUACCAAAACCACUUCAUUAGGCUAAAGUUGUUUUGGUGUCUAUAGUAAUCCGGCUGCAACACCCUAUCACUAACCAUGAUUUCUGCUUCCCAUAUUUUCUAUACCUGGGUGUUGAGCUGUUGUUGAUGUUGGACUACAGCUCCCAUAAUCCUCUUCCAGUUUUUGUGUGGGAGAAAUGAAUAGGAGUUGUAGUCUAGAAGCAUCAUGGAACAUUGCAAUUUGAUAAUGUUUGUGUCCUUAUGAAGAUUUUUUUCCCGUCUAAUAGUGUAAUAUUUUGGGUAGUAAUUGGUUAAAGCUAUAAUACUCAUUAUAUGCAUUUGCCCACAUUUUAAUUGGUAAUCUGCUAAUCAAAUGUCUUUCUUAUCAUCUAUAGAUUAUUCUUGCAGAAAAAACAAUUGCUUCAGAAGGUUGACAGAUACCAGCAGACACGCUUGGAUUCCCUGAGACAGAAGAAAUCAGUUCUGCAUCGCCUGCAAGAGGAGCUUGAAAACAGGCUGAAGGUAAUCAAUAAUCUCUGAGCAACGAACUCGAACUCAGUCUCCAGCAAGUGACUUAAAAUUUACACGAGAACGCUGCACAUUAGGAGUAAGAUAUCAGACUUUUAAACUGUCUGUAUUUGAUUUAUUUCUCAAAAAAGGCAGUCCUUAAAAUGGACACUCCAGGCUGAAAAGUUGAAGUGAAAAAUACUUUAACUCUAAUUUUAUACCAUAAUACUAUGUAUAUAAUAAAAUAGUUUUGUACUUUUCAGAUUCAUUGUACAGAAAUAGACAUCCAUUACUAAAAGACGCAAAUAACCCUUACAGGUGUACAUAGUGGAUACAGUUAUUCAGCUUAACACAUCAUAUUAUUACCUGUAUAUGCAAUGUAUGUCCUAUUAAUUUAUUUAUUUUCAUUGUAUAUCAGCGGUUCCCAAACUGUGUGUGUGUGUCGGUGUCUAUAUGAAUUUGUGUGUAUGGGCAUCUGUGUGUUAAUGUGCAUUAAUAUAUCUGUGUACAUAUGUGUGUAUGUGCAUACAUUCAAUCAGUCAAACACCAGCACAACAUACAAGCACACUCCAGCAAUCUAACACAAAUAUUACAUACAAACACACACCUGUAUUAAAACACAAAUGUACAUCCACAUUUAAAAGUGAGCAUUACAUUCAGAUACACCCUUGCAAUCAAACACAAACAUUACAUACAAACACACCUUUGUUUCAAAACACAAAUGUAUACAAGCAUCCCUUCAAACGCCAACACUUUAUAUUAUCCUAUGCCGCAGCGCUGAACAGAUAUACAACCUAGAAAUUUUAACCUGGGGUGCCUUGGAAAAAUACGGAAAUAUUAAGGGUGCCUUGAACCUGAAACGUUUGGGAAUCACUGUUGCAUAUGGUUACUGUUUAUUUAUGUCCGUUAUAGUAAAUUAUUAUUUUUUUCCUCCUAAGGGAGCAGAAGAGGAAUUUAUUGCAGAGGUGGGUGCUCUGGCCAGAAUUCGCCUCGCAGAUGGAAAUAAUGCUGUAAAUAAGUCACUGCCAGGUCAGUAUGAACGCUUCCGAAAUCUGUCAUUUUAACAACUUCCAUUAUAGGCUCUGGUGCAGCUGAUUUGAGGACAGAGUCUCAGUAAUUCAUCACACAGAAAUGGCAACAAUCAGGGCAUAGUCCAGGGCUGUGAAAUUCCCCUGCCAGAUGUUAUCGGACUGAAACUUCCAGACAUAGGCUGACAGUGAGUUAUGGGAGUUGCAGUCCUACAAUGUGUGGCUGGUAAACAGUUCAACACUUCUUAAAUGAAAUGGCAAAAAUCAGGGCGUAGUCCAGGGCUGUGAAAUUCCCCUGCCAGAUGUUAUCGGACUGAAACUUCCAGACAUAGGCUGGCAGAGAGUUAUGGGAGUUGCAGUCCUACAACGUGUGGCUGGUAAACAGUUCAACACUUCUUAUAUAGUUUAUGCUGCAGUCUUAUCAAGGAGUCUAUGAUUGUAUUGUAAAACUCUGUGCUCCAUACAGCAGUAUAUGUGCAGUGAGCUGUGUAUGUAGGAUACUAAGAUAUUUUCAGAUAUUUCAGUGUGUGUGUGUUAACACUUUAGGGUAUAAAAUAAGACCUUAUUAUAAAGUACCAAUAAUUUCAUUGAACUCUUGCUAAGUUUGUUUUUUUAUGUUUCUUUUAUACAAUAAGCAUAUUAUUCCUUUUGUUUUUGCAUUGAAUCUGCAUAGACAUGUAGCGCCAGUGACAUGUAGAGGUCGGCAUUGGAAUUGUUGGUUUAAACUGAGGGUUAAAAAAAACCAAAAAACAUUCUGUGUAUAUUAUGUUAUGUGUCCUGAUUUCAUGAUUUCGUUUUUUUCUUUCUUCAUCAGAAUCGACCAUUAAAGGCGUAUCCAAGAAAAUAAAGUGAGGAUUGAAGCAAAGAAGAGUAUAUUGAUAUAUAUAUAUAAAUAUAUAUAUAUACACAUAUACACACACACACACACACACACUGCAUUUAAUAUACAUAUGUUUUUAUUUUUUUAAAUAAUUAAUAAAUGGCAGAUUGUUUUUGCUGUCACUGUUAACUUAAGGAAUAAUAUUAUUUUGUUUAAAGGGUACUGUGGACACCCACAUAUUGUGUGCAAUGUGUAGGUUACACCUAGUUAUACUGAGUGGGUUUAUAUUUUCCUAUCCUCCUUCAGUUUUUUUUUUUGUUUUUUUUAACUGCUCUGUAAGGAUACCUUCGCUGCUUCUUUCCAACAUACAGUGUUUCCCCUGUUUGUCCUAAUGAUACAGCUGUAUGUAACUUCAUCGUUUGGGUUCAACUGCCAGCUUUACUUCAUCGCUUGGUAGUUAACUGCUAGCUUUUUACAGCAGAAGGCUGACAGUUGAACUACAUCUCACAGAAAGCACUGUUGUGGAGAAGCUAAUGGGUACAGUCCCAGCACUGCAAGAAGGUUAAAGGGAUUCUAUAGUGCCAGGAAAUCAAACCCAUUUUCCUGGCACUAUAGGUUCCUGGAGUGCCCCCCUCCUGCGGGGCUCAAGGGGAUAAAACCCCUUCAGCCAGUUACCUGAAUCCAGUGCCGAUGCCUCUCAGCACUGGGUCAAGCACCGCCCACGCUCCUCCCUCGCUGACGUCAGACGGCGGGGGAGACCUAAUGUUUUUAUAUGGGGAAAAUUUGAUGCUGGAGGUCCGUUAGGACGCCCAGCGUCAGAUAACAGACCAAUAGUCUGUUUGGGUUCCGGAAGCCCUCUAGUGGCUGUCUGUUAGACAGUCACAGAGGGCAGGCUUAGAGCUGCACUGUAAACAGCACUAAGUGCAAAAGGGUCACAGCACACAGACUACUUUAAUUAGCUGAGGUGGUCUGGGCUGAAUUUCAUCCUAGUUUGGGCAGAAAUUGUUGAGUCUGGGAAUUUAUAGGAAAAGCAGUGAACAAAGUUUACAUUUUUUAUUAUUUUUCAAUUAAUUUUCACAUAUAAACUAGUAAAUUAAUUUAAAAAAAAUAAUGGGAUUUCUGAACAGUGUCACAUAAGAUACUUUUAUAAGAUAAGACAAUUUCACUCUCUUGGCAGGAAUUCUACCUACUAAGAGCAACGACUUAUAGUAUGAGUUAUUACAUGAAAUCAUCAGAAAAUCAGUUUGUUUUUGUUUUUUGUUUUUUUAAAUUCCAGCUUUUCAUCUGAGACAGAUCCUGACUUGAUUAUAGCUUUGCAUGUGAUAUUUUAUAUAAAAAUGGUACUGCAUUAAAUAAAUUAUUUUUGUUACAAUUCAUGUUAAUGCUUCAAUUCUUUGGGCCAGAAUAACGUAUGUUUUCCAGUUUUUGUAGAGAGCAUCAAUGUUUCGCUGAGAAAAUUCUUAAACAAUCUGAUUUGAGUAUCAUUAUAAACAUUCCUAUUAAACAUAAUAUUUC